AUGGGGAAAUGGGAGGUGAAACACUGGCGGUUCACCAAGCGGAGCAGCUCCCAGUGUUCAUGCACGUUGGCACCACUUGGCACGGAUGGCGAAAGUUUAGAAAUUAAACUAGGCUGCUCUUAUGUUAGUCAACCAAAAUUGAGUAGAAUGUACCAUGGCUAAAGCAGUAUGGCUUUCUCUAUAAAACGCAUUGACAUUGUUCACUAACCUAAUGUUAAAGGGAUUCUUCGGGAUUUUGGCAAUGAAGCCAUGUAUCUACUUCCCCAGGGUCAGAUGAACUCGUGGAUACCAUUUUUAUGUCUCUGGGUGCAGUUUGAAGGAAGUUGCUAACCAGCGUUCGCGCAAUUGCUAACUAGCGCAAUGACUGCAUGCUAGUAGAUACCAUAGACUUCCAGUAAUUGCGCUAAUGCUAGUAAGCAAUUUCGCUAACACUAGUUAGCAACUUCCUUUUUACUGGAUGCAGAGACAUAAAUAUGAAGUAUCCCUUUAACUUAAUUAGCCAGCAUAGAGCAAGUCCCCGUCACCACAGCCGCGAAGUCAAUAUUUUUUUGGGGGGGUUAGCUUUUUGCAUAGGAUUUAGGGUUAGGCAUAAGGUUAGCAGUGUGAUUAAGGUUAACGUUUUUAAAAUAAAAUUUUAAGAAGAGAAAUUGUAGAAGUAGGCAGGGUUUAUGACUUUGUGGCUGUGGUAACUAGUGACAACCAUCAUGGGUGCCUGACUUUGUCUGAAAGUGGAGGUGCAAAAGCUUGGGGGGGGGGGGUCUUUACUUUUUUGGGCCGCUGUUUGAAGUGCUGUCACCAUGAACGUUUUUUCUAUUAACUUGUUUUAGCAGAAUACAUAUUUGAUGCAAAGAGGGUAGAAAUCGUCAAUUUGGUUGAUGUGGCGCAGUGGUCUAAGGCACUGCAUCGCAGUGCUAACUGUGCCACUAGAGAUCCUGGUUCGAAUCCAGGCUCUGUCGCAGCCGGCCGCGACCGGGAGACUCAUGGGCGGCGCACAAUUGGCCCAGCGUCGUCCAGGGUAGGGGAGGGAAUGGCCGGCAGGGAUGUAGCUCAGUUGAUAGAGCAUGGCGUUUGCAACGCCAGGGUUGUGGGUUCGUUUCCCACGGGGGGCCAGUAUAAAAAAAUAUGUAUUCACUAACUGUAAGUCGCUCUGGAUAAGAGCGUCUGCUAAAUGACUAAAAUGUAAAUGUAAAUGUUACUUACCAAGCCAAGCAGACAGACCCGGCGUCAGGAUAAAGUGACAAAGGGGCAGUUGAAAUCGGUUAGGGGGCACAAUUUUGGGGGAAUUGGAAUUAUAUUAAAUUCUGCUAAUUUCAUGCUAUACCACAAACAUAAAGUUAAAAUGCUGAAACUCCGAGACCAUUGGCUUAGAAUACCGACACAACUGCGAAUGCGAACGAAUGAAUGCGAACAGAACAAAACAGUGGUAGGCCUACUAUAGGCUAUUUAUGCUACUUACAUUAACAGUAAACAAACGCAGUAAACAAAAGGCAAAUGGAAUUUACCAAAACAUAGCCUACUAAAGUGAGAUGCAGCCAUGCACAGCGGUCUUAUCAAUAGGCCUAUAGGCCCACUUCAAACAUGGAAAAUUAUGCAGCUCAUGAGUUCAUCAAAUUCGACCCACCCACAUAAUCAAUUAAGCAUUGCUGGCCUACCAUUAACACAUUUCCAGUACGUACAUUUCUCAUUUACAAUCACGAAAAGCAAUGCGCUACCAAGAAGCAGUAGCAUGAUGAAACAUGUAGCUAUACCCAGGGGCGUCAUGUGGGUUCUUGCAUUGGAAUUAUAUUUAAUUCUGCUUAUAUCACGCUAUACAACAAUAAACAUAAGUUCAAAUGCCGAGAUCGUUGAAUGCUUUUGACCACACUAAGCAAGGCCGAUUUGGCAAUGAAAACAGGCUGGCUAAAGAAGUCAUUUUGCCAUUCCAUACCCUAGGUUUUUGCUGAAAAUGACGCCUCUGACCACCAAGAUUUUGAACAAACACAACCAGUUAGAUCGUUUCUUACCAAAUCAAAUUGUAUUUGCCACAUGCGCCGAAUACAACAGGUGUAGACCGUACAGUGAAAUGUUUACUUACAAGCCCUUAACCAACAAUGCAGUUUUAAGAAUAAAUUGUUUAAAAAAUAUAUUAAAGAGCAGCAGUAAAAUGGCAGUAGAGAGGCUAUAUACAGGGGGUACCGGUACAGAGUCAAUGUGCGGUGGCACAGGGUAAUUGAGGUAAUAUGUACAUGUGGGUAGAGUUAAAGUGACAUAGAUAAUAAACAGAGAGUAGCAGCAGCGUAAAAGAGGGGGUGGGGGAGACAAUGCAAAUAGUCUGGGUAGCCUUGAUUAGCUGUUCAGGAGUCUUAUGUCUUGGGGGUAGAAGCUGUUAAUAAGCCUUUUGGACCUAGACUUGGUGCUCCGGUACCGCUUGCCGUGCGGUAGCAGAGAGAACAGUCUAUGACUAGGGCCUUCCUCUGACACCGCCUGGUAUAGAGGUCCUGGAUGGCAGGAUGCUUGGCCCCAGUGAUGUACUGGGCCGUACGCACUACCCUCUGUAGUGCCUUGCGGUCGGAGGCCGAGCAGUUGCCAUACCAGGUAGUGAUGCAACCAGUCAGGAUGCUCUCGAUGGUGCAGCUGUAGAACUUUUUGAGGAUCUGAGGACCCAUGCCAAAUCUUUUCAGUCUCCUGAGGGGGAAUAGGCUUUGUCGGGCCCUCUUCACGACUGUCUUGGUGUGUUUGGACCAUGAUAGUUUGUUGGUGAUGUGGACACCAAGAAACUUGAAGCUCUCAACCUGUUCCACUACAGUCCUGUCGAUGAGAAUGGGGGCGUGCUCAGUCCUCUUUUUUUUUUUUCCUGUAGUCCACAAUCAUCUCCUUUGUCUUGCUCACGUUGAGGGAGAGGUUGUUAUCCUGGCACCACACGGCCAGGUCUCUGACCUCCUCCCUAUAGACUGUCUCAUCAUUGUCGGUGAUCAGGCCUGCCACUGUUGUGUCGUCGGCAAACUUAAUGAUAGUGUUGGAGUCGUGCCUGGCCAUGCAGUCAUGGGUGAACAGGGAGUACAGGAGGGAACUGAGCACACAUUGAGGGGCCCCCAUGUUGAGAAUCAGCGUGGCAUAUGUGUUGUUACCUACCCUUACCACCUGGGGGCGGCCCGUCAGGAAGUCCAGGAUCCAGUUGCAGAGGGAGGUGUUUAGUCCCAGGGUCCUUAGCUUAGUGAUGAGCUUUGAGGGCACUAUGGUGUUGAACGCUGAGCUGUAGUCAAUGAAUAGCAUUCUCACGUAGGUGUUUCUCUUGUCCAGGUGGGAAAGGGCAGUGUGGAGUGCAAUAGAGAUUGCAUCAUCUGUGGAUCUGUAGGGACGAUAUGCAAAUUGGAGUGGGUCUAGGGUUUCUGGGAUAAUGGUGUUUGUGAGCCAUGACCAGCCUUUCAAAGCACUUCAUGGCUACAGACGUCAGUGCUACGGGUCGGUAGUCAUUUAGACAGGUUAUCUUAGUGUACUUGGGCACCGGGACUAUGGUGAUCUGCUUGAAACAUGUUGGUAUUACAGACUCAGUCAGGGACAUGUUGAAAAUGUCAGUGAAGACACUUGCCAGUUGGUCAGCGCAUGCUCGGAGUACACGUCCUGGUAAUCCGUCUGGCCCUGCGGCCUUGUGAAUGUAGGGCGAGGGAGAGCUUUGUACGCGUCUCUGUGUGUGGAGUAAAGGUGGUCUAAAGUUGUUGUUUUUUUCCUCUGGUUGCACUUUUAACAUGCUGGUAGAAAUUAGGUAGAAUGGAUUUAAGUUACCAUGCAUUAAAGUCCCCGGCCACUAGGGGCACUGCCUCGAUGUGCGUUUUCCUGUUUGCUUAUGGCCUUAUACAGCUCAUUGAGUGCAGUCUUAGUGCCAGCAUCGGCUUACUCGCUCGCUGUCGGAUCCUUACAAAGCACCCCGACCAACGUCCACGAUAUCUCCGUCUCUUUCUCAUGCGAGUGACGGGAAUUUGGGCCUUGUCGGGUGUCUGUAGAAUAUCCUUCGCGUCCGACUCGUUGAAGAAAAAAUCUUCGUCCAGUACGGGGUGAGUAAUCGCUGUCCUUAUAUCCAGAAGCUCUUUUUGGUGGCAGAAACAUUAUGUACAGAAUAAAUUACAAAUAACGCGAAAAAACACAUACAAUCGCACAAUUGGUUAGGGGUCCGUAAAACGGCAGCCAUCUCCUCCGGCGCCAUUUUCUUCAAUCAGAAGAGUUGCAGCCUCCUUCAUGCUCUGUUGAACUUCCUGAGUAAUAGAUCAUUCUCCCUGAAAUCUUCUUGUAAGAUCCCCCUUAAAUGCCAGUUGGAUUAGUUGACCUUUUCUUGGGUUCAGUCUGUGCUGACUGAACACGUUUGUCCAAGAGGAAGAUGAGUUCUUGCUGGCUAUCAUUAACAAGUGUUGACACCUCAGUCUGUUCCCAUGGCACUUAGAUUUUAUUUAUUUUUUGCAGUGUAUUUCAAAUGCUCCUUGCUUGAUGUGAUCCUUGCUAAUACAUAAUCCUUUGGUUCUAUCAAUAGCAUGCUUCCAGUUACAGUGCCUUCAGAAAGUACCCCAUCAUGUCAAAGUGGAAUUUUUACAAAUUAAUAAAAAAUGAAAUGCUUAAAUGUCUUCAGUCUAAGUAUUCAACACCUUUUUGUUAUGGCAAGCCUAAAUAAGUUCAGGAGUAAAAAUGUGUUUAACAAGUCACAAAAUAAGUUGCAUGGACUCGCUCUGUGUGCAAUAAUAAUAGUGUUUAACAUGACUUUUGAAUGACUACCUCAUCUUUGUACCCCACACGUACAAUUAUCUGUAAGGUCCCUCAGUCGAGCAGUACAUUUCAAACAGAUUCAACCACAAAAACCAGGGAGGUUUUCCAAUGCCUCGCAAAGAAGGGCACCUAUUGGUAGAUGGGUAAAAAAAAAAAGCAGGCAUUGAAUAUCCCUUUGAGCAUGGUGAAGUUAUUAAUUACACUUUGGAUGGUGUAUAAAUACACCCAGUCACUUCAAAGAUACAGACGUCCUUCCUAACUCAGUUGCCGCAGAGGAAGGAAACCACUCAGGGAUUUCACCAUAAGGGCAAUGGUGACUUUAAAACAGUUAGUUUAAUGGCUGUGAUAGGAGAAAACUGAGGAUGGAUCAACAACAUUAGUUACUCCACAAUAUUAAUCUAAUUGACAGAGUGAAAGAAGGAAGCCUGUUCAGAAUACAAAUAUUCCGAAACAUGCAUCUGUUCGCAACAGUAAUACUGCAAAAAAUGUGGCAAAGCAAUUCACUUUUUGUCCUGAAUACAAAGUUUUAUGUUUGUGGAAAAUCUAAUACAACGCAUUACUGAGUACGAUUCUACAAUAUUUCAAGCAUAGUGGUGGCUGCAUCUUGUUAUGCAGAGUUUUUCAGAACAAAAAAGAAACGGAAUGGAACUAAGCACAGACAAAUUCCUAGUGGAAAACCUGGUUCAAUCUGCUUUCCAACAGUCACUGGGAGAUGAAUUCACCUUUCAGCAGGAUAAUAACCUAAAACACAAGGUCAAAUCUACACUGGAAUUUGUUACCAAGAAGACCGUGAAAGUUCCUGAGUGGCCGAGUUACAGUUUUGACUUAUCUGCUUGAUCAUCUAUGGAAAGACCUGAAAAUGGUUGUCUAGCAAUGAUUAACAACCAAUUUGACAAAGCUUGAACAAUUUUGAAAAGAAUAAUGGGCAAAUGUUGCGCAAUCCAGGUGUGAAAACUCUUAGAUUUACCCAGAAAGACUCACAGCUGUAAUCGCUGCCAAAUGUGAUUUAUAACAUGUUUUGACCCAGGGAGUUGAAUAUUUAUCUAAUCAAGAUAUAUUAGUGUUUUGUUUUAUUAUUUUAUCUCACAAAUGUUCGAAUUUUUCUUCCACUUUGACAGAGUAUUUUGUGUAGAUUGUUGACAUAAAAUGACAAUUAAAUGGUAUGGCAAAGUGGGUUGUGGGGAAGUUGAAUCUCACCUUCUGCAUUUCUACACAGUUAAAAAAAACUAAAAUGAUAUUUGGAGAACAGCAAAAACAAACAAAAAUGACCCCACACAUUUAGUUAUCACCACGAUAUAAGAUUUAAAGGUCUGUGGAACGGCAUAUACAAUGUCAACCGGUACUAAAACAUAUAAUAAAUUGACUCAUUUACUUUUGGAACAGUAAAACGUUCAGUGAAACUUCAAAUGCUGACAUCCAUAGCUAUUUUUUCACCAUAAAAUUGCACCUUUAUAAUAAAAGAUUACAUGCAUCUAUCAUCGCAUUUGCAGACUAAUGUAAUAUAGGCUACUAUUCCUAAUGUGAUGAGUAUAUUGCAUAGUCAUAAUUUAGGCUACUAAUUUAACUCAAUCACUGUUAGCAAGACACAGUUCUGAACAAUGCCUUCCUUAGCACGUAGGGACAGAGUAUUCUGCAUUGCUUGCUGUUUGGGGUUUUAGGCUGGGUUUCUGUAUAGCACUUUGUGACAUCUGCUGAUGUAAAAAGGGCUUUAUAAAUACAUUUGAUUGAUUGAGUAGGCCUAAUCAGAGACCGUUCUACUCCUUUCAUUGCAUGGGAAAAAUGUGGCAUUUUAUAAACACAUUUCAUGCAAUUCUAAUACACUAUGACUGGAAACAUAAGCAACAAACUCACCGGCCAGUUUAUGAGGUUCAACCAAAUGGAUUGCUCCUACAGAUAGUGAGUCACAUGGCCAUGGCUUGCUAUAUAAAACAGGCAGACAGGCAUCGAGGCAUUCAGUUACUGUACGAUUGAACGUUCGAAUGGGUAAAACUAGUGACCUAAGCGACUUUGAGCGUGGUAUGAUCGUCGGUGCCAGGUGUACAGUUUCUCAGAAACAACCAGGCUUUUCAUGCACGAUAGUGUCUAGGGUUUACCGAGAAUGGUGCGACAAACAAACAAAUAUCCAGUCAGCGACAGUCCUGUUGGAGAAAACGGCUAGUUGAUGAGAGAGGUCAAAGGGGAAUGGCAAGAAUUGUGCAAGCUAACAGGCGGGCCACAAACAGACAAAUAACGGCGCAGAACGGCAUCUCGGAACACGUCAAUCAUUGUCACGGAUGGACUAUUGCAGCAGACGACCACACUGGGUUCCACUUCUAUCAGCUAAAAACAAGAAUAGCGGCUCCAGUGGGCACGCGAUUACCAACACUGAACAGUUGUGCGGGAAAAACAUUGCCUGGUCAUGCUGAUGGCAGUGUAAGGAUUUGGCGUAAGCAGCAUGAGUCCAUGGACCCAUCCUGCCUGGUGUCAACAGUACAGGCUGGUGGUGUACUGGUGUGAGGAAUGAUGUUUUCCUGUCACACGUUAGGUCACUUGAUGCCAAUUUAGCUACGAUUGAAUGCCACAGUGUAUCUGAACAUUGUUGCUGACCAAACCCAAUAGAGCAUCUUUGGGAUGAGAUGGAAUGUGCCGUCCAAUCUGCAGCAACUCCAUUAAGCCGUCGCGUCAGCAUGGAUCAACAUCCCUGUGGAACAUUUCUGACACCUUGUAGCAUCCAUGCUCCGAAGAAUUCAGGCUGUUCUGGAGGCAAAGGGGGGUCCGACCCGGUACUAGAUGAGUUUAUUUUUAUCUUUAUACAACAAGUUAGUAGCCUACUCUGCUGACACUGACAAACAGAUCAGUAAAAACGACUUUGUAUUAAAUGCAACCAUCUAAUCUAGGCCUGCGAAAAGGAGAAACACACAUUUUACAAUACAUCCAUCUAACCUGAAGGAGGACAUUAUUGUCCCCAAAAAAACGUUAUAGUGGUACUGAUUUGAAUGAUAAAGACAGUGAAUAUGUGCACACUCACAGGGGAUAUGGCUCUCCGCUGGUGCCAGUAAUAUAGGUCAAUUGGGAGUUGAACAAUUUGAUAACUAUAGACAGGUUAGUCUUUUCUUUGUCUUUUCUUUUCAGCAAUAGCCAUUUACUUUCUAAACUAUUUUAGUCCUACGAUUGUACACUGCUCAAAAAAACAAAGGGAACACUUAAACAACACAAUGUAACUCCAACUCAAUCACACUUCUGUGAAAUCAAACUGUCCACUUAGGAAGCAACACUGAAUGACAAUACAUUUCACAUGCUGUUGUGCAAAUGGAAUAGACAACAGGUGGAAAUUAUAGGCAAUUAGCAAGACACCCCCAAUAUAGGACUGGUUUUGCAGGUGGUGACCACAGACCACUUCUCAGUUCCUACGCUUCCUGGCUGAUGUUUUGGUCACUUUUGAAUGCUGGCGGUGCUUUCACUCUAGUGGUAGCAUGAGACGGAGUCUACAACCCACACAAGUGGCUCAGGUAGUGCAGCUCAUCCAGGAUGGCACAUCAAUGCGAGCUGUGGCAAGAAGGUUUGCUGUGUCUGUCAGCGUAGUGUCCAGAGCAUGGAGGCGCUACCAGGAGACAGGCCAGUACAUCAGGAGACGUGGAGGAGGCCGUAGGAGGGCAACAACCCAACAGCAGGACUGCUACCUCCGCCUUUGUGCAAGGAGGAGCAGGAGGAGCACUGCCAGAGCCCUGCAAAAUGACCUCCAGCAGGCCACAAAUGUGCUUGUGUCUGCUCAAACGGUCAGAAACAGACUCCAUGAGGGUGGUAUGAGGGCCCGACGUCCACAGGUGGGGGUUGUGCUUACAGCCCAACACCGUGCAGGACAUUUGGCAUUUGCCAGAGAACACCAAGAUUGGCAAAUUCGCCACUGGCGCCCUGUGCUCUUCACAGAUGAAAGCAGGUUCACACUGUGCACGUGACAGACGUGACAGAGUCUGGAGACGCCGUGGAGAACGUUCUGCUGCCUACAACAUCCUCCAGCAUGACCGGUUUGGCGGUGGGUCAGUCAUGGUGUGGGGUGGCAUUUCUUUGGGGGGCCGCACAGCCCUCCAUGUGCUCGCCAGAGGUAGCCUGGCUGCCAUUAGGUUCCAAGAUGAGAUCCUCAGACCCCUUGUGAGACCAUAUGCUGGUGUGGUUGGCCCUGGGUUCCUCCUAAUGCAAGACAAUGCUAGACCUCAUGUGGCUGGAGUGUGUCAGCAGUUCCUGCAAGAGGAAGGCAUUGAUGCUAUGGACUGGCCCGCCCGUUCCCCAGACCUGAAUCCAAUUGAGCACAUCUGGGACAUCAUGUCUCGCUCCAUCCACCAACGCCACGUUGCACCACAGACUGUCCAGGAGUUGGCGGAUGCUUUAGUCCAGGUCUGGGAGGAGAUCCCUCAGGAGACCAUCCGCCACCUCAUCAGGAGCAUGCCCAGGCGUUGUAGGGAGGUCAUACAGGCACGUGGAGGCCACACACACUACUGAGCCUCAUUUUGACUUGUUUUAAGGACAUUACAUCAAAGUUGGAUCAGCCUGUAGUGUGGUUUUCCACUUUAAUUUUGAGGGUGACUCCAAAUCCAGACCUCCAUGGGUUGAUAAAUUUGAUUUCCAUUGAUAAUUUUUGUGUGAAUUUGUUGUCAGCACAUUCAACUAUGUAAAGAAAAAAGGAUUUAAUAAGAUUAUUUCAUUCAUUCAGAUCUAGGAUGUGUUAUGUUAGUGUUCCCUUUAUUUUUUUAAGCAGUGUAUUUAGAAAUUUUGCUAUAGGCCUAUUUAACUGCUUUUCACUCACCGCUGCAACUCAACAAUCAGCUAUUUGGUUGGCUAUUUGCCGGACGCGCUGCCCAAAUUGCGAUCCUAAAACAAUCCACAGCUAAUUUUUAAAAGAAUCUAAUGAUCCUCUGUGGCCAAAUCAUGCUCUCUGGGUAAGUAUUUUGAAUUAUUUAUAUUUAUGUAUAGGCACGAGUAAUUAAUAGCUAAUUUUGGCAAAUUCAAUUUACCCCUAGCCUAUGCCGACAUCAAUGUGAAAGUAACCGGUCCAUAAAACAGUUGGCCAUGAGGCUUACGAGGCCAAGUUCAAAUGCCGACAUCAAAUUCAAAGCAAUCGGCGCACUACCUAAACGGCUGACUGGCAAAGCAAACUUUGUCUCUGCUCUUUUGUGAGAGAAAGUGGUGCAGGCAGGCAGCUUCUCCCCAAGCGAUGCUCAGCAUGGUCCUAAAGCCAGCCAUUCAAUAUGCUAAACAGCUGUUGGAUUUUAAUCGGGAUUGGAAUGAUUUUAUUCUACUUUUUUGUUUCUGCAUUUUUGGUCUUGAGCUAGGGUAUGUAACUCUGCUCAAACAUUAUAACAAAAGCAAUGGGCAUGUGCCCUGAAUGCCCGUUUUUUAAAAUUGUAUAUUCUCCCUGACUCUAGCUUUUAUUUGAUUGUUAGUUGUCAGUGGUAUUAUAAAAUAUAUAUAUAUAUAUACAGUUGAAGUCGGAAGUUUACAUACACUUGAGUCAUUAACUUGUUUUUCAACCACUCCACAAGUUUCUUGUUAACAAACUAAUGUUUUGGCAAGUCGGUUAGGACAUCUACUUUGUGCAUGACACAAGUACUUUUUCCAACAAUUGUUUACAGACUGAUUAUUUCACUUAUAAUUCACUGUAUCACAAUUCCAGUGGGUCAGAAGUUUACAUACACUAAGUUGACUGUGCCUUUAAACAGCUUGGAAAAUUCCAGAAUAUGAUGGCUUUAGAAGCUUCUGAUAGGCUAAUUGACAUAAUUUGAGUCAAUUGGAGUUGUACCUGUGGAUGUAUUUCAAGGCCUACCUUGAAAACUCAGUGCCUCUUUGCUUGACAUCAUGGAGAAAAAAAAAGAAAAAAAAAUUGUAGACCCCCACAAGUCUGGUUCAUCCUUGGGAGCAAUUUCCAAACGCCUGAAGGUACCACGUUCAUCUGUACAAACAAUAGGACGCAAGUAUGAACACCAUGGGACCACGCAGCCGUCAUACCGCUCAGGAAGGAGACGCGUUCUGUCUCCUAGAGAUUAACGUACUUUGGUGCGAAAAGUGCAAAUCAAUCCCAGAACAACAGCAAAGGACCUUGUGAAGAUGCUGGAGGAAACGGGUACAACGUAUCUAUAUCCACACUAAAACGAGUCCUAUAUCGACAUAACCUGAAAGGCCGCUCAGCAAGGAAGAAGCCACUGCUCCAAAACCACCAUAAAAAACGCAGAAGAACACCAUCCCAACUUUGAAGCACGGGGGUGGCAGCAUCAUGCUGUGGGGGUGCUUUGCUGCAGGAGGGACUGGUGCACUUCACAAAAUAGAUGGCAUCAUGUGGAAGGAAAAUAAUGUGGAUAUAUUGAAGCAACAUCUCAAGACAUCAGUCAGGAAGUUAAAGCUUGGUCGCAAAUGGGUCUUCCAAAUGGACAAUGACCCCAAGCAUACUUCCAAAGUUGUGGCAAAAUGGCUUAAGGACAACAAAGUCAAGGUAUUGGAGUGGCCAUCACAAAGCCCUGACCUCAAUCCUAUAGAACAUUUGUGGGCAGAACUGAAAAGGUGUGUGCGAGCAAGGAGGCCUACAAACCUGACUCAGUUACACCAGCUCUGUCAGGAGGAAUGGGCCAAAAUUCACCCAACUUAUUGUGGGAAGCUAGUGGAAGGCUACCUGAAACAUUUUGAACCAAGUUAAACAAUUUAAAGGCAAUGCUACCAAAUACUAAUUGAGUGUAUGUAAACUUCUGACCCACUGGGAGUGUAAUGGAAUAAAUAAAGCUGAAAUAAAUCAUUCUCUCUACUAUUAUUCUGACAUUUCACAUUCUUAAAAUAAAGUGGUGAUCCUAACUGUCUGCAUGCUUUCUAUCUGGUUUUGGUGGUUUAAGUUGACACUGAAACAGUUUUUCCAUCCGGAAAAUUACCACUUAGACGGCCCACCUAAGAAUUUUCUAUGUAGAUAAAAAGCGCAAACCAGUUGGUAUGGCGUAUCGCUGCAGAAUGAUGUGGUAGCCAUGCUGGUUAAGUGUUUCUUGAAUUCUAAAUAAAUCACCAGCAGUGUCACCAGCAAAGCACCCCCACACCAUCCCACCACCUCCUCCAUGCUUCACGGUGGGAACCACACAUGCGGAGAUCAUCCAUUCACCUACUCUGCGUCUCACAAAGACAUGGCGGUUUGAACCAAGAAUCUCAAAUUUGGACUCAUCAGACCAAAGGACAGAUUUGUCCAUUGCUCGUGUUUCUUGGCCAAAGCAAGUCUCUUCUUAUUAUUGAUGUCCUUUUUGUAGUGGUUUCUUUGCAGCAAUUCGACCAUGAAGGCCUGAUCCACGCGGUAUCCUCUGAACAGUUGAUGUUGAUGUGUCUGUGACUUGAACUCUGUGAAGCAUUUAUUUGGGCUGCAAUUUCUGAGGCUGGUAACUCUAAUGAACUUAUCCUCUGCAGCAGAGGUAACUCUGGGUCUUCCUUUCCUGUGGUGGUCCUCAUGAGGGCCAGUUUCAUCAUAGCGCUUGAUGGUUUUUGCGACUGCACUUGAAGAAACUUUCACGGAGUGACUGACCUUCAUGUCUUAAAGUAAUGAUGGACUGUCGUUUCUCUUUGCUUAUUUGAGCUGUUCUUGCCAUAAUAUGGACUUGGUCUUUUACCAAAUAGGGCUAUCUUCUGUAUACCCCCCUAUUUACAUUUUACGUCAUUAAGCAGACGCUCUUAUCCAGAGCGACUUAGUUAGUGAGUGCAUACAUUAUUUUUUAUUUUUUCAUAUUGGCCCCCCAUGGGAAUCAAACCAACAACCCUGGCGUUGCAAACGCCAUGCUCUACCAACUAAGCUACAUCCCUGCCGGCCAUUCCCUCACCUACCCUGGACGACGCUGGGCCAAUUGUGCGCCGCCCCAUGGGUCUCCCGGUCGCGGCCGGCUACGACAGAGCCUGGAUUCGAACCAGGAUCUCUAGUGGCACAGCUAGCACUGCGAUGCAGUGCCUUAGACCAACAACACAACUGAUUGGCUCAAACGUAUUAAGAAGGAAAGAAAUUCCACAAAUUAACUUUUACAAUGCAUUCCAGGUGACUACCUCAUCAAGCUGGUUGAGAGAAUGCCAGGAGUGUGCAAAGCUGUCAUCAAGGCAAAGGGUGGCUACUUUGAAGAAUCUCAGAUAUAAAAUACAUUUUGAUUUGUUUAACACUUUUUUGGUUACUACAUGAUUCCAUGUGUGUUAUUUCAUAGUUUUGAUGUCUUCACUAUUAUUCUACAAUGUAGAAAAUGGUACAAAUAAAGAAAAACCCUUGAAUGAGUAGUUGUCCAAACUUUUGACUGGUACUGUAUAUUUUUUUUAAAUGCGCUCAUCUCAGUCAACUAAUCCAUUGCGGAGGCAUAGACUAAAAGCCAAUUUAUGCUUGAUCCGAAAUGUGGUCGGUGGCUCCAUAUGGAGGGUGUGACGCAAUUGCGGAGCCUCCGUAGGCAUGAUGAGGCCAAAUCGAGCUCCAUACCGCAUCUCCAUGCGCCUCCCAAGUGUUGUAACAAUGCGGAGGGCUCUGUAUAGCUCCGCAUUGACAUGAUCGGUUGACGGUAGGUGGGGCCGGUACAUCCUGUAUGAACACAAACUCACUUCCUUGACAACAUCUUUCACAACAGCUCUGCACUGCUCCGUGAAGCGCAAGAAGUAUGAAUGCCCUGACUUUUGCAGAGACCGUAUCACUGUAAAUGCUGCAUGGCCAAUGCAGACGUCGAAUUGACCAUGCAGCGCCCAGAUGCACAAUGCACUUCUCUCUCCAGAAUGCGCUCUCUCCCGCCAAUUUGUGCACGUUAAUUAUUUCAUAACUUCAUUGUGUGAAUUGUUUGCGUUUAAUUGUUAGUGUGUAUCAUUUCCCCAUUACAUACUGUAUUCGAUACCAUUCCACUAAUUUUGCUCCAGUCAUCUACAGUGGGGGAAAAAAGUAUUUAGUCAGCCACCAAUUGUGCAAGUUCUCCCACUUAAAAUGAUGAGAGGCCUGUAAUUUUCAUCAUAGGUACACGUCAACUAUGACAGACAAAUUGAGGGAAAAAAAUCCAGAAAAUCUCAUUGUAGGAUUUUUAAUGAAUUUAUUUGCAAAUUAUGGUGGAAAAUAAGUAUUUGGUCACCUACAAACAAGCAAGAUUUCUGGCUCUCACAGACCUGUAACUUCAUUACCUGUAUUAAUGGCACCUGUUUGAACUUGUUAUCAGUAUAAAAGACACCUGUCCACAACCUCAAACAGUCACACUCCAAACUCCACUAUGGCCAAGACCAAAGAGCUGUCAAAGGACACCAGAAACAAAAUUGUAGACCUGCACCAGGCUGGGAAGACUGAAUCUGCAAUAGGUAAGCAGCUUGGUUUGAAUAAAUCAACUGUGGGAGCAAUUAUUAGGAAAUGGAAGACAUACAAGACCACUGAUAAUCUCCCUCGAUCUGGGGCUCCACGCAAGAUCUCACCCCGUGGGGUCAAAAUGAUCACAAGAACGGUGAGCAAAAAUCCCAGAACCACACGGGGGGACCUAGUGAAUGACCUGCAGAGAGCUGGGACCAAAGUAACGAAGCCUACCAUCAGUAACACACUACGCCGCCAGGGACUCAAAUCCUGCAGUGCAAGACGUGUCCCCCUGCUUAAGCCAGUACAUGUCCAGGCCCGUCUGAAGUUUGCUAGAGUGCAUUUGGAUGAUCCAGAAGAGGAUUGGGAGAAUGUCAUAUGGUCAGAUGAAACCAAAAUAUAACUUUUUGGUAAAAACUCAACUCGUCGUGUUUGGAGGACAAAGAAUGGUGAGUUGCAUCCACAGAACACCAUACCUACUGUGAAGCAUGGGGGUGGAAACAUCAUGCUUUGGGGCUGUUUUUCUGCACAGGGACCAGGACGACUGAUCCGUGUAAAGGAAAGAAUGAAUGGGGCCAUGUAUCGUGAGAUUUUGAGUGAAAACCUCCUUCCAUCAGCAAGGGCAUUGAAGAUGAAACGUGGCUGGGUCUUUCAGCAUGACAAUGAUCCCAAACACACCGCCCGGGCAACGAAGGAGUGGCUUCGUAAGAGGCAUUUCAAGGUCCUGGAGUGGCCUAGCCAGUCUCCAGAUCUCAACCCCAUAGAAAAUCUUUGGAGGGAGUUGAAAGUCCGUGUUGCCCAGCGACAGCCCCAAAACAUCACUGCUCUAGAGGAGAUCUGCAUGGAGGAAUGGGCCAAAAUACCAGCAACAGUGUGUGAAAACCUUGUGAAGACUUACAGAAAACGUUUGACCUGUGUCAUUGCCAACAAAGGGUAUAUAACAAAGUAUUGAGAAACUUUUGUUAUUGACCAAAUACUUAUUUUCCACCAUAAUUUGCAAAUAAAUUCAUUAAAAAUACUACAAUGUGAUUUUCUGGAUUUUUUUUCCUCAUUUUGUCUGUCAUAGUUGACGUGUACCUAUUAUGAAAAUUACAGGCCUCUCUCAUCUUUUUAAGUGGGAGAACUUGCAGAAUUGGUGGCUGACUAAAUACUUUUUUCCCCACUGUAUACUAUCCCCCCUCUUCUCCCUCCCCGCUCACUCUGUUCUGUGGGUUCUAAUGGUGUGAUAUGCGCACAUCCAUAAUAACACUUGUCUCUACAUUUCUACCCUGCAGGUAUCCUGGAGACGAUUUGGGAUAAGCACAGUGUUACGGCUGCCACCCCCCCUCCCUCUCCCACCUCAGGAGAAAGCGGUGAGAAUGUGUGCUGUAAAUCAGGGGCCACUUUUCCUUCCAGAAAGUUGUUCACACCCUUCACGGAUCUGAUUUAGAUUGGAUAGACUGGCUGUAAGUAGGCGAUGCUACUGCUUUCACCCACCCAGUCAUCUCAGAUCUACAAGGGUAGUGAACAAUUGGGGAGGAGAGGAGACAACUGUGCUAAGUGUGUUUGUGAAGGUUGUAUGACAAUGUGUGUGUAUAUGAGAGAGGGAGCAGGACUGGGAGAGAUUAUGUUAACCCAGCCACUCAUUUGCCCUCGUCCCCCUUCCCUUUAAGCAGAGUUGCUGGGCAGUCUAUUGCAAGGCACCCAGUACUCCAAGCUGCUAUCCCAGCCCAUCCCAGCACUGGACAAUGACAGUGAACAGUUGUGCUCCCUAGCUCUGGAGUGUCUGGCCCAUCUAUUCAGCUGGAUCCCCCUUUCUACCAGCAUCACCCCUUCCCUCCUCGCUUCUAUCUUCCACUUUGCCCGUUUUGGCUGUGACCUGCGGGUCAAGCCCAAGGCCCCUUCCAUCUACUCGUCGUCCUCGUCCAAUGGUGAGCAUGCUCCCCCUACCAAUGGCGGAGGUCGGCCCGGGCAUCAGACGGGAGGAGGCAGCGGCGGGCAGGCGGACAGGUCGCGGCUGGGAGUGCUGGCCAUGACAUGCAUCAAUGAGCUGGUGUCCAAGAACUGUGUGCCGCUGGACUUUGAGGAGUACCUGCUGAGGAUGUUUCAGCAGACCUUCUUCCUGCUACAGAGGCUGACAAGGGAGAACAACGCGCAUACCGUCAAGAGCCAGCUGCAGGAACUAGACGAGAGGUAGGCCCACACAUGGAAUUAAAUAGAACACAUACGGUAUACAGUGCCUUCAGAAAGUAUUCACACCCCUUGACUUUUUCCACAUUUGUUGUUACAAAGUGGGAUUAAAAUGGAUUUAGUUGUCUUUUUUUUUUCAACGAUCUACACAAAAUACUCUGUCAAAGUGGAAGAAAGAUUCAAACAUUUUGUAAAUCUUCAUUGAAAAAGUAUUCAACCCCCCCCCCCCCCCCCCCCGAGUCAAUACAUGUUAGAAUCACAUUUGGCAGCGAUUACAGCUGUGAGUCUUUCUGGGUAAGUCUAAGAGCUUUCCACACCUGGAUUGUGCAACAUUUGCCCAUUUUAUUAUUUUCAACAUUCUUCAAGCUCUGUGAAAUUGGUUGUUGAUCAUUGCUAGACAACCAUUUUCAGGUCUUGCCAUAGAUUUUCAAGCAGAUUUAAGUCAAAACUGUAACUCGGCAACUGUCUUCUUGGUAAGCACCUCCAGUGUAGAUUUGGCCUUGUGUUUUAGGUUAUUAUCCUGCUGAAAGGUAAAUUAGUCUUCCAGUGUCUGGUGGAAAGCAGACUGAACCAGGUUUUCCUCUAGUGUGUUUGGCUCCAUUCCAUUGCUUUUUUUAUCCUGAAAAUCUCCCCAGUCCUUAACGAUUACAAGCAUACCCAUAACGCGACCGGGAGACCCAUGGGGCGGCGCACAAUUGGCCCAGCGUCGUCCAGGGUAGGGGAGGGAAUGGCCGACAGGGAUGUAGCUCAGUUGGUAGAGCAAACGCCAGGGUUGUGGGUUCGAUUCCCAAGGGGGGCCAGUAUGAAAAAUAAAAACUAAUGUAUGCACUCACUAACUGUAAGUCGCUCUGGAUAAGAGCGUCUGCUAAAUGACUAAAAAAAUUAAUAAAAUAAAAAAAAUGAUGCAGCCACCACUAUGCUUGAAAAUAUGGAGAGUGGUAGGUACUCAGGACAAAAUGUUAAUUGCUUUGCCACAUUUAUUGCAGUAUUACUUAAAUGCCUUGUUGCAAACAGGAUGCAUGUUUUGCAAUAUUGUUAUUCUGUACAGGCUCCUUAAUUUCACUCUGUCAAUUAGGUUAGUAUUGUGGAGUAAUGUAACUACAAUGUUGUUGAUCCAUCCUCAGCUUUCUCCUAUCACAGCCAUUGAACUCUAACUGUUUUAAAGUCGCCAUUGGCCUCAUGGUGAAAUCCCUGAGCAGUUUCCUUCCUUUCUGGCAAUGGAGUUAAGAAGGACGCCUUUAUCUUUGUAGUGAGUGGGUGUAUUGAUUAGGGCAGACCCCAUUUAGUCGACUGGUCGAUUGUUUGGUUGAUAGGCUGUUGGUCAACCGAGAUUUCUUUAGUCGUGCAGUCACAAUGUUUUUUUCUUUCUUUCAUGGUGCACGAGACACCUCGCUCCUAUCAUCUCAUUUUUCUUGCUCUCCUUCUUCUUGUUAUAUUUACAAUUGUUAUUAUGAUCAUCAUUAUAAUAAAAUAAGUAAUGUUAUCAUUAGUAGGCUUUGUAUAGUAGCCUUGUAUAGCCACCAUCGAGCUGUAGGCCUAAGAGGGUGUCCUGUUUAAUCUUAAUACCGUAACUUACUGAGGCCUAUAUAUUACUAUAUAGGCUACUGUAUCAAUCAAUCAUUCAUGAAUUAAUUCGUUCAUGCCAUCACACAGCAUACGGGACAUUUAUGUUUUGAAAUGCAAUCAAGCAUUUUAGUUUAAAAAUUAAAUAACAAAGGAAGCUUUGAAUAAUUAGCCUAAACAAUAAAUAAACCGCAAUUCACAAAUGCAUGCAACUCUUUUUAGUCCGCUGUAAUAAAGGCUUUAUACAGUUGAAGUCGGAAGUUUACAUACACUUAGGUUGGAGUCAUUAAAACUCGUUUUUCAACCACUGGUAAGUCGGUUAGGUCAUCUAUUUUGUGCAUGACACAAGUAUUUUUUCCAACAAUUGUUUACAGACAGAUUAUUUGACUUAAUUCACUGAAUCACAAUUCCAGUGGGUCAGAAGUUUACAUACACUAAGUUGACUGUGCCUUUUGUACAGCUUGGAAAAUUCCAGAAAAUGAUGUCAUGGCUUUAGAAGCUUCUGAUAGGCUAAUUGACAUCAUUUGAGUCAAUUGGAGGUGUACCUGUGGAUGUAUUUCAAGGCCUACCUUCAAACUCAGUGCCUCUUUGCUUGACAUCAUGGGAAAAUCUAAAGAAAUCAGCCAAGACCUCCACAAGUCUGGUUCAUCCCUGGGAGCAAUUUCCAAAAGCCUGAAGGUACCACGUUCAUCUGUACAAACAAUAGUAUGCAAGUAUAAACACCAUGGGACCACGCAGCCGUCAUACCGCUCAGGAAGGGGACGCGUUCUGUCUCCUAGAGAUGAACGUACUUUGGUGCGAAAAGUGCAAAUCAAUCCCAUAACAGCAAAGGACCUUGUGAAGAUGCUGGAGGAAACAGGUACAAAAGUAUCUAUAUCCACAGUAAAACAAGUCCUAUAUCGACAUAACCUGUAAGGCCGCUCAGCAAGGAAGAAGCCACUGCUCCAAAUCCGCCAUAAAAAAGCCAGACUACGGUUUGCAACUGCACAUGGGGACAAAGAUUGUACUUUUUGGAGAAAUGUCCUCUGGUCUGAUGAAACACAAAUAUAACUGUUUGGCCAUAAUGACCAUCGUUAUGAUUGGAGGAAAAAGGGGGAAAUUGUAAGCCGAAGACACCAUCCCAACCGUGAAGCACAGGGGUGGCAGCAUCAUGCUGUGGGGAUGCUUUGCUGCAGGAGGUACUGGUGCACUUCACAAAAUAGAUGGCAUCAUGAGGAAGGAAAAUUAUGUGGAUAUAUUGAAGCAACAUCUCAAGACAUCAGUCAGGAAGUUUAAACCUUGGUCGCAAAUGGGUCUUCCAAAUGGACAAUGACCCCAAGCAUACUUCCUAAAUUGUGGAAAAAUGGCUUAAGGACAACAAAGUCAAGGUAUUGGAGUGGCCAUCACAAAGCCCGGACCUCAUCCUAUAGAACAUUUGUGGGCAGAACUGAAAAAGCGUGUGCGAGCAAGGAGGCCUGCAAACCUGACUCAGUUACACCAGCUCUGUCAGGAGGAAUGGGCCAAAAUUCACCCAACUUAUUGUGGGAAGCUAGUGGAAGGCUACCUGAAACAUUUUGAACCAAGUUAAACAAUUUAAAGGCAAUGCUACCAAAUACUAAUUGAGUGUAUGUAAACUUCUGACCCACUGGGAAUGUGAUGAAAGAAAUAAAAGCUGAAAUAAAUAAUUCUCUCUACUAUUAUUCUGACAUUUCACAUUCUUAAAAUAAAGUGGUGAUCCUAACUGACCUAAAACAGGGAAUUCUUACUAGGAUUAAAUGUCAGGAAUUGUGAAAAACUGAGUUUAAAUGUAUUUGGCUAAUGUGUAUGUAAACUUCCGACUUCAACUGUAUAUUAUUAUUUUUAGAACAGACUCCCUGGUACACUUAUACCUAAUGGUCAGAAAAAGUAUAAUAUUGUAAUCUAACAGCAACUGUUUGGCACACAUAAUACUUACGCAACACUUGCUCCUAUUGCUCCUGUAAGUCGCUCUGGAUAAGCGCGUCUGCUAAAUGACGUAAAUGUAAAAUGUAAUACCCUCCUUUUUCUUGAUCUCCAGUAGUUUCCACAGCUAAGUCAAAUGUCUUCCACAGAUCUGACUUCCCCUUUCCCUCCUGAGCAACCAGUAAACAUUUGCCCGUUUCUUUUUCACAUCCUCCGCAUCCAUUUUGCUGUCGACAUUACUGUGUUCUGAGUUUAUAACAAUUUAUUGAUGUGAUAGGCUAUAGGUCAGGCCCUAUUGGUCAAAAGCAUGCUAUGCUUACAUGUUUCACGUAAAUAGAGCAAGGGUUGAGGGAAUAGGGAAUGUUUUUCCUAAACAAAUGAGGGAUUUCGGUAACAGAACUUUUCAGUCAGAAACAAGUAAGAAAUUAUGUUGCAGCUUCAGCAUGAACAGAGCAAUAAAUAAAUAAACAGUGCUGUGGUGUGGUGCCUUUUUGCUGCAGUAUGGAGCUAGACACACAGGCACUUUUUUUUUAACACAGUGUGACCAUUGGGCUCUUUCUUGAGUCAUUACUGUCUUAAUUAUUUAAUCAAACAGUGUGCCUAUAGCAUCAGCUCAGUGUAUUCGGAAAGUAUUCAGACGACUUCCCUUUUUCCACAUUUUGUUACGUUACAGCCUUAUUCUAAAAUUGAUACAAUUAUUUGUUUUCCUCAAUCUACACAAUCAAACCCCCUAAUGACAAAGCGAAAAUACGUUUUUCGAAAUGUUUGCAAAUGUAUUAAAAAUAAAAAACAUACCUUAUUUACGUAUGUAUUCAGACCCUUUGCUAUGAGACUCGAAAUUGAGCUCAGGUGCAUCCUGUUUCCAUUGAUGAUCCUUGAGAUGUUUCUACAACUUGAUUGGAGUCCACCUGUGGUUAAAUUCAAUUGAUUGGACAUUCUUAAAUGGAAGAAGUUUGGAACCACAAAGACUCUUCCUAGAGCUGGCCGCCUGGCCAAACUGAGCAAUCGGGGGUUAAGGGCCUUGGUCAGAGAGGUGACCAAGAACCAGAGGGUCACUCUGACAGAGCUCCAGAGUUCCUCUUUAGAGACGGGAGAACCUUCCAGAAAGACAGCCAUCUCUGCAGAACUCCACCAAUCAGGCCUUUAUGUUAAUGUCCAGACAGAAGCCACUCAUCAGUAAAAGCCACAUGAUAGCCCACUUGGAGUUUGCCAAAAGGCACCUCAGACCAUGAUAAACAAGGUUUUCUGGUCUGAUGAAACCAAGAUUGAACUCUUUGGCCUGAAUGCCAAGCGUCACGUCUAGAGGAAACCUGGGACCAUCUCUACGGUGAAGCAUGGUGGUGGCAGCAUCAUGCUGUGGGGAUGUUUUUCAGCGGCAUUGACUGGGAGACUGGUCAGGAUCGAGGGAAAGAUGAACGGAGCAAGGUACAGAGAGAUCCUUGAUGAAAACCUGCUCCAGAGUGCUCAGGACCUCAGACUGGGGCGACGGUUCAUCUUCCAACAGGACAACGACCCUAAGCACACAGCAGGAGUGGCUUCGGGACAAGUCUCUGAAUGUCCUUGAGUGUCCCAGCCAGAGCCCGGACUUGAACCUGAUCGAACAUCUCUGGAGAGAGCUUAAAAUAGCUGUGCAGCAACGCUUCCCAUCCAACCUGACUGAGCUUGAGACGAUCUGCAUAGAGGAAUUGGAGGAACUCCGCAAAUACAGGUGUGCCAAGCUUGUAGCGUCAUACCCAAGAAGACUCAAGGCUGUAAUCGCUGCCAAAGGUGCUUCAACAAAGUACUGAGGAAAGGGUCUGAAUACUUAUGUUAAUGUGAUAAUUCAGUUUUUUUAUAAACUUGCAAACAUUUCUAAAAACCAGUUUUUGCUUUGUCAUUAUGGAGUAUUGUGUGUAGAUUGAUGAGGGGGGGAAAACGAUUUAAUUAAUUUUAGAAUAAGGCUGUAACGGAACAAAGUGGAAAAAGUAUUUCCGAAUGCACUGUAUGUAGUUGAUUUUAUUCAAACACAAAGUUUGUCUGUCUAUAUAUGGAAAAAUAAGUUUAAACAUUUUGACCAAUUGGUCGAAAGAACAGGACGCCUCUCGGGUGACAAAGAUUGUUUUUAGUCUGGAUCAGUAUUGAUACACCAUCCAAAGUGUAAUUAAUAACUUCACCAUGCUCAAAGGUAUAUUCAAUAUAAUUUUUACCCAUCUACCAAUAGGUGCCCUUUGUGAGGUAUUGGAAAACCUCCCUUGUCUUUGUGGUUGAAUCUGUGUUUGAAAUUCGCUGCUUGAUCUUACAAUUAUUUGUAUGUAUGGGGUACAGAGAUGAGGUAGUCAUUUAAAAAUCAUGUUAAACACUAUUAUUGCACACAGUCCAUGCAACUUAUGAUGUGACUUGUUAAGCACAUUGUUACUCCUGAACUUAUUUAGGCUUGCCAUAACAAAGGGGUUGAAUACUUAAUGAAUCAAGACAUUUCAGCUUUUCAUUUUUAAUUAACUUGUAAACAUUUUGAAAAUCAUAAUUCCACUUAUAGGGUAUUGUGUGUAGGCCAGUGACAAAUCUCAAUUUAAUUAAUUUUUAAUUCAGGCUGUAACACAAAAUGUGGAAAGAGUCAAGGGGUUUGAAUACCUUCUGAAGACAAUGUAUAGUGUUUCAUACAGUCCCUUCGGAAAAUAUUCAGACCCCUUGACUCUUUCCACAUUUUAUGUUACAGCCUUAUUUUAAAAUUAAUGAAAUAGUUUAUUUUUCCCCGUCAUCAAUCUACACACAAUACCCCAUAAUGACAAAGCAAGAACAGGUUUUAAAAAAAACGGAAAUAUCAAAAUUACAUAAGUAUUCAGACCCUUUACUCAGUACUUUGUUGAAGCACCUUUGGCAGCGAUUACAGCCUCGAGUCUUCUUGGGUAUGACGCUACAAGCUUGGCACACCUGUAUUUGCGGAGUUCCUCCCAUUCUUCUCUUCAGAUCCUCUCAAGCUCUGGCAGGUUGGAUGGGAAGCAUCGCUGUACAGCUAUUUUCAGGUCUCUCCAGAGAUGUUUGAUCAGGUUCAAAUCCGGGCUCUGGCUUUGCCACUCAAGGACAUUCAGAGACUUGUCCCGAAGCCCUUCCUGCGUUGUCUUUGCUGUGUGCUUAGGGUCGUUGUCCUGUUGGAAGGUGAACCUACACCACAGUCUGAGGUGCUGAGCGCUCUGGAGCAGUUUUCAUCAAGGAUCACGCAGUACUUUGCUCCGUUAAUCUUUCCAUCGAUCCUGACUAGUCUCCCAGUCCCUGCCACUGAAAAACAUCCCCACAGCAUGAUGCUGCCACCACCAUGCUUCACCGUAGGGAUGGUGCCAGGUUUCCCCCAGAUGUGACGCUUGGCAUUCAGGCCAAAGAGUUCAAUCUUGGUUUCAUCAGAUCAGAGACCAUUGUUUCUCAUGGUCUGAGGUGCCUUUUGGCAAACUCCAAGCGGGCUGUCAUGUGCCUUUUACUGAGGAGUGGCUUCCGUCUGGCCACUCUACCAUAAAGGCCCGAUUGGUGGAGUUCUGCAGAGAUGGUUGUCGUUCUGGAAGGUUCUCCCAUCUCCACAGAGGAUCUCUGGAGCUCUGUCAGAGUGACCAUCGGGUUCUUGGUCAACUCCCUGACCAAGGCUCUUCUCCCCCGAUUGCUGUUUGGCUGGGCAGCCAGCUCUAGGAAGAGUCUUGGUGGUUCCAAACUUAUUCCAUUUAAGAAUGAUGGGGGCCACUGUGUUCUUGGGGACCUUCAAUGCUGCAGAAAUAUUUUGGUACCCUUCCCCAGAUCUGUGCCUCGACCCAAUCCUUUCUCAAGGCUCUGCGGACAAUUCCUUCGUCCUCUUGGCUUGGUCUUUGCUAUGACAUGCACUGUCAACUGUGGGACAUUAUAUAGACAGGUUUGUGCCUUUCCAAAUCAUGUCCAAUCAAUUGAAUUUAACCACAAGUGGACUUCAAUCAAGUUGUAAAAACAGCUCAAGGAUGAUCAAUGGAAACAGGAUGCACCUGAGCUCAAUUUCGAGUCUCAUAGCAAAGGGUCUGAAUACUUACGUGAAUAUGGUAUUUCAGGUAUUUAUUUUGCAUAAAGUUGCAACAUUUUCUAAAAACCUGUUUUCGCUUUGUCAUUAUGGGGUAUUGUGUGUAGAGUGAUGAGGGGGGUAAAUAUAGUUUUAUUCAUUUUAGAAUAAGGUUGUAACAAAAUGUGGAAAAAGUCGAGGUCUGAAUACUUUCAGAAUGCACUGUAAAUAGUGUAUUAUAUCUUUAUGGGCCCACACCCCAAUCGGACCAUGGCCAUACUGAAAUAUUAGAUCAUAAAAAAUUGUAUGUUAAAUGGCAGGCUACGCCAAAUGACAUUGAUUUUAGGGGUGGAACCGAUUAUUCUGAUUGGAUAAGAAGUACUUUAAUUACAUCAUACUUACACUUUUAAAAAAUCACAAAAAUCCUACGUUGAACAGAAAUAUAAACGCAACAUGUAAUGUAUUGGUCCCAUGUUUCAUUAGCUGGAAUAAAAGAAAGCAGAAAUUUUCCAUACACACAAAAAGCUUAUUCCUCUAAAAUGUUGUGCACAAAUUUGUUUACAUCUCUGUUAGUGAGCAUUUUAGCAUUUGUCAAGAUAAUCCAUCCACCUGACAGGUGUGGCAUAUCAAGAAGCUGAAUAAACAGCAUGAUCAUUACACAGGUGCACCUUGUGCUGAGGACAAUAAAAGGCCACUCUGAAAUGUGCAGUUUUGUCACACAGCACAAUGCCACAGAUAUCUCAUGUUUUGAGGGAGAGUGCAAUUGUCAUGACUGCAGGAAUGUCCACCAGAGCUGUUGCCAGAGAAUUCAAUGUUCAUUUCCAAGCUAAGCCACCUCCAACGUCAUUUUAUAGAAUUUGGCAGUACGUCCAACCGGCCUCACAACCGCAGACCACGUGUAACCACGCCAGCCCAGGACCUCCACAUCUACCUUCUUCACUUGCGGGAUCAUCUGAGGGGAGGGCGGGGUGAUGAGGAGUAUUUCUGUCUGUAAUAAAGCCCUUUUGUUGGGAAAAACUAAUUCUGAUUGGCUAGGCUUGGCUCCCCAUUGGGUGGGCCUGGCUCCCAAGUGGGUGGGCCUAUUUCCUCCCAGGCCCAUCCAUGGCUGUGCCCCUGCCCAGUCAUGUGAAAUCCAUAGAUUAGGGCCUAAUUAAUUUAUUUCAAGUGACUGAUUUCCUUAUAUCAACUGUAACUCAGCUAAAUCUUUGAAAUUGUUUCACAUUACGUUUAUAUUUUUGUUCAGUAUAAUAACACAGUAACUCGCUGCUUAAAUUUAACAGGUCAUCAGUGUCGCUUUCACUAAACAUUCCGUUUCCCUGUUAGCAUAGUGUUUUGACGGCUACACCAGAUGCGUAUCAUGGAGACAGCAAUUUAAAAAACUUAAGAUGCGUUUUUCAGGUGUCUCUAUAAUCUUUUAAAUAGUUUGUUAACUUAGACAAAGUUAACAUUUUCAAGUAAAUGAAGUCAGUGUAAACUUUAUUGAAGUAAGCCUUUUGUGCUGCUAACACAUCUUCUGGUGCAUCAAAUACUUUGUCAGAUACCUCCUUGUUGUCAUUAAGUGCAUAUGAUGGCCCUGAUUGUAAGCACAGGUAGACUUUUUACAAGGGGAGGGGGCUGGGGACAGGCUUUGACAGAGGCUUUGAGAGGAUUGAUCAGUGCUUGACUUGGAUAUAAAGAGUACCGGCACCUAUUUCAGUCCACUUCAAGUCUGCUAUUUCUGUUCAGUGCAGAAUUUGAAUACCUCAGCCCCUAGAAUCAAAUCAAGUAGCUGGCCAGUGCAUACAAUAUUUGGUUAUUGGUUCAGAAAUUUAGCCUGAGACCUCAAUGCAAUGUGUAGAGCCUGACCAAUAUGGCGGCAGGUAGCCUAGUGGUUAAGAGGGUUGGGCCAGUAACCGACUAGGUGAAAAAUCUGCCUGUGCCCUUGAGCCUGUAAGUCACUCUGCAUACAGUGAGGGGAAAAAAGUUUGCCCACUGACAAAGAAAUUAUCAGUCUAUAAUUUUAAUGGUAGGUUUAUUUGAACAGUGAGAGACAGAAUAACAACAACAAAAAUCCAGAAAAAUGCAUGUAAAAAAUGUUAUAAAUUAAUUUGCAUUUUAAUGAGGGAAAUAAGUAUUUGACCCACUCUCAAUCAGAAAGAUUUCUGGCUCCCAGGUGUCUUUUAUACAGGUAACGAGCUGAGAUUAGGAGCACACUCUUAAAGGGAGUGCUCCUAAUCUCAGCUUGUUACCUGUAUAAAAGACACCUGUCCACAGAAGCAAUCAAUCAAUCAGAUUCCAAACUCUCCACCAUGGCCAAGACCAAAGAGCUCUCCAAGGAUGUCAGGGACAAGAUUGUAGACCUACACAAGGCUGGAAUGGGCUACAAGACCAUCGCCAAGCAGCUUGGUGAGAAGGUGACAACAGUUGGUGCGAUUAUUCGCAAAUGGAAGAAACACAAAAUAAAGGUCAAUCUCCCUCAGCCUGGGGCUCCAUGCAAGAUCUCACCUCGUGGAGUUGCAAUGAUCAUGAGAACGGUGAGGAAUCAGCCCAGAACUACACGGGAGGAUCUUGUCAAUGAUCUCAAGGCAGCUGGGACCAUAGUCACCAAGAAAACAAUUGGUAACACACUACGCCGUGCAGGACUGAAAUCCUGCAGCGCCCGCAAGGUCCCCCUGCUCAAGAAAGCACAUAUACAGGGCCAUCUGAAGUUUGCCAAUGAACAUCUGAAUGAUUCAGAGGAGAACUGGGUGAAAGUGUUGUGGUCAGAUGAGACCAAAAUCGAGCUCUUUGGCAUCAACUCAACUCGCCGUGUUUGGAGGAGGAGGAAUGCUGCCUAUGACCCCCAAGAACACCAUCCCCACCGUCAAACAUGGAGGUGGAAACAUUAUGCUUUGGGGGUGUUUAUCUGCUAAGGGGACAGGACAACUUCACCGCAUCAAAGGGUCGAUGGACGGGGCCAUGUACCGUCAAAUCUUGGGUGAGAACCUCCUUCCCUCAGCCAGGGCAUUGAAAACGGGUCGUGGAUGGGUAUUCCAGCAUGACAAUGACCCAAAACACACGGCCAAGGCAACAAAGGAGUGGCUCAAGAAGAAGCACAUUAAGGUCCUGGAGUGGCCUAGCCAGUCUCCAGACCUUAAUCCCAUAUAAAAUCUGUGGAUGGAGCUGAAGGUUCGAGUUGCCAAACGUCAGCCUCGAAACCUUAAUGACUUGAAGAAGAUCUGCAAAGAGGAGUGGAACAAAAUCCCUCCUGAGAUGUGUGCAAACCUGGUGGCCAACUACAAGAAACGUCUGACCUCUGUGAUUUCCAACAAGGGUUUUGCCACCAAGUACUAAGUCGUGUUUUGCAGAGGGGUCAAAUACUUAUUUCCCUCAUUAAAAUGCAAAUCAAUUUAUCACAUUUUUGACAUGCGUUUUUCUGGAUUUUGUUGUUGUUAUUCUGUCUCUCACUGUUCAAAUAAACCUACCAUUAAAAUGAUAGACUGAUCACGUCUUUGUCAGUGGGCAAACGUACAAAAUCAGCAGGGGAUCAAAUACUUUUUUCCCUUACUGUAUAUACAUAGUUUUUGUGGUGCGAAAUACACUAAUUCCAAUAUGUCUGCCGACACAACCGUUUUUCAACCAUGGAACAGUUUUCUGCUCAUAUUGAGGUCCAAAGGAAAUACAGCCCCACAAAGAUGGAAUCACCAUUCAAAUCCUAUCAUUUGAAAAUUAAACUUGAUUAAGCUAAAGAGGCUAGACGGGAUCUUGGAAACUACAUUGGUAUUUUUUUAAACCGUACAUUUUGGACUUGACGUGUCAAUGUAUGGCUCAUACAUGUAUAAUAUACUAUCUGCAGUCCUCUCCGAUUCCCAGGGGAGUAAGUCACAGAAUCGUUACAUUCUAACCUGGCAUCAUUUAGGCCUAGUGUAGUGCACAAGAUCUGCACACUCGUUCCUGUCAUGUAGGCCUAGUAAACGCACGCUCUGAAGCAAGAGGGUUAAGAAUGCAAGAGGGAUAAAGGAUAGCAUUUCUUUACAUUCAUUUAUGGAUAAUUAAACAUGUUAACGUAAAUAUCUCAAAAGUAGCGUUUUAGAUUUAGUUCAUGUUUAGACGUGUUAAACAAUAUACUCUACCAGUACAUUUCCAGAGUAAGCUCUCAGAUACUUAUUUUUUAUGAAAACACACUGCAUUUGGAAUUUUGAACAUGGUUAAGGUAGAGCAUGUGAUCUGAUUUAAAUUCAGUGUUUUAGAAACAUUUCCACAGAUGUCUGAAGAUGAAAAAGGCAUUCUAGUCAUGGAACGACCCACAUCUUGCGUUGUACACAACUACUGGCUGAAAUUAUACAAAACCUCUGUAAUAUCACUUAAACAUCUGAACUGCUCAGAAUAGCAUGAGUGUUUUUCUCCAUCCAUUGUAAAGGCAGGUAUGAUCGGUAACAGGCCAAUAUCAGUCAACCAAUCGAUCGGUUUGGCUCUAAUGCAAAGAUAUGUGUGGCACUCUCUCCCUCUGUCUGCAGUUAUGUAGAGAAGUUCACCGACUUUCUGCGCCUGUUCGUCAGCGUGCACCUUCGGCGGAUCGAGUCCAACGCUCAGUUUCCUGUGGUGGAGUUUUUAGCCCUGCUUUUCAAGUACACUUUCAAUCAGGUAGCAUAUCCUUUCAGCCAUUUUGUUUACUUUCUACAUUUGCCUUUACACUGCUCACAGGGGCAGCUGACACUAAAAUAUUAUAUGGAAAUUAAUUGAGGCCAAAUACUUGGAUACUAUUCAAGUAUGUGUGUACUACAGUAUCGUAUACCACAGUUGGGGAACGAUUAGAGAAAAAGAGAACUCUGCAGCAGCCCAAGAUGGCUUCCAUAAUAAUAUUACCUAGAGUAUGACUGUUGAGGAAUCAGAAACCUCUGUCAUGUACUGUAGAGAAAAUGACUGCUCUUCUGUCCUAUUGUUCUAGCCCAACCACGAAGGCUAUUUUGCCUGUUUGGACAUCUGGAGUAUCUUCUUGGAUUAUUUAACCACUAAAAUCAAAAGUAGGCUGGCUGACCGAGACAGUGUGCUGAACAGGUACAACUGAAUGGAUUUAAUGUCAUUUUCAGUGUUGCUCUGGCUCUACAUGUAUAUAAAGCAAAGGAAUGUUGAUGUACUAUCAGGAAUGUCUUUUGAUGCGUGAAAUGUUUAUGGUUCAGUGCCUGUAAUGCAAGGUUCUCCAACUUUGAUCUUGGAGAGCUACUGGUUGUGUAGACUUUUCUCCCAGCCCGCCACUUGAUCAACACACCCGAUUCAAGUAAUCAACUUAUCAUAGUAUUCAGUCUGGGAUAUUAUUAUUAGCAGUAUCUGUCUUACUGAAGGGCUUAAACGAAAGCCUGCACACCCAGUAACUCUUGAGGGCCAGAGUUGCUAUAAUGUUUUUAAUAUGGUUCUGUCGUUAGAAAGUUACUAGCCUCUUGUAUGGUGCUGCUUCUUCUAUUGGCCGCUAAUCUGUCCGCUUGUGCGGUUCUACAGGUAUAAGGAUGCUUUGGUGCUGCUAUUAAGAGAGGUUCUCAACCGAAUCCAGUUCCGAUAUAACCAGGCCCAAUUAGAGGAGCUGGAUGAUGAGACCCUGGAUGAUGAUGUAAGAGGCUUUACUUCUCGCACUGCUUUCGUCAGUAUUGCUGAGAGUCAUGUUGGUCCGCACCUUUAUUGCCUAGUGUGUUAAAGGAACAUUUUGUUGUCCCCAUUAUAUCACAUAUAUUACAACAGUGUAUACACACACACAGACUGCUUGUUUUGCCUCCACCUGUAUCAAUAGUUUCACUCUUUGUGCUUAUCAUAGCAACAGACUGAUUGGCAGCGGUACUUACGGCAGAGUCUGGAGGUUGUUGCCAAGGUGAUGGAGCUGCUACCGUCCCAUGCCUUCGCCACGUUGGUGAGUGUUCUCGUUGUUUCUUCUCAUUUUAUAUUCCUGGGAAAGACCAAAAAGGUCAACACACUGUAAUGCUCCUAAUGAUUAAAAUGUUGAUGAUUCUAAAGGUGGUAUUAUGCACAUUGAAUGUGCAGGCCUUUUUUUGUCUUGUGCACAUAUCACCUUUCACCCUGCAUUAGUUUAAUGUGAUGUGCUUUAUGACAACAUGACAUUAUCUUAUCAUCCUUUUAUCUUCAAGACAAAACGUCUGACUAACAUUGAUCUUCAAGACAAAACGUCUGACUAACAUUGAUUUUGGAGUUAACUAUUUCUUAAACCCCUGACUCCUUAACCAUUUAUCUCUCUCUCAGUUCCCUGUCCUCCAAGAAGACUUGGAUGUGUACCUGGGUUUGCAGCAGUUCAUCGUCACUUCAGGAACAAGUGAGUGAACAUUUUUGCAUGAGACAACAUGGCCUUAUCCAAAUAAAAUCAAAGUUUAUUAAUCAUAUGCACAGAAUACAGAGGGUGUUAACGGUACAAUGAAAAGCUUACUUGUGAGCUCUCCUCAGCAAUACAGUGAGGGGGAAAAAAGAAUAUAUACAUACCCGUCAAAAGUUUGGACACACCUACUCAUUCAAGGGUUUUUCUAUAUUUGUACUAUUUUUUACAUUGUAGAAUAAUAGUGAAGACUUUAAAACUAUGAAAUAACAUAUGGAAUCAUGUAGUAACUAAUUUUUAAAAAAAAAAAAAUAUAUAUAUAUAUAUAUAUAUAUUUGAAAUUUGAAAUUCUUCAAAUAGCCACCUUUUGCCUUGAUGACAGCUUUGCACACUCUUGGCAUUCUCAACCAGCUUCACCUGGAAUGCUUUUCCAACAGUCCUGAAGGAGUUACCACAUAUGCUGUGCACUUGUUGGCUGCUUUUCCUUCACUCUGCCGUCCGACUCAUCCCAAACCAUCUCAAUUGGGUUGAGGUCAGGUGAUUGUGGAGGCCAGGCCAUCUGAUGCAGCACUCCAUCACUCUCCUUAGUAAAAUAGCCCUUACACAACCUGGAGGUGUUUUGGGUCAUUGUCCUGUUCAAAAAUAAAUGAUGGGAUGGCGUAUCGCUGCAGAAUGAUGUGGUAGCCAUGCUAGUUAAGUGUGCCUUCAAUUCUAAAUAAAUCACAGACAGUGUCACCAGCAAAGCACCCCCACAACAUAACACCUCCUCCUCCAUGCUUUAAGGUGGGAAAUACACAUGCGGAGAUCAUACGUUCACCCACACCGCGUCUCACAAAGACACGGCAGUUGGAACCAAAAAUCUCACAUUUGGACUCCAGACCAAAGGACAAAUUUCCACUGGUCUAAUGUCCAUUGCUCGUGUUCCUUGGCCCAAGCAGGUCUCUUCUUAUUAUUGGUGUCCUUUAGUAGUGGUUUCUUUGCAGUGAUUUGACCACGAAGGCCUGAUUCACACAGUCCCCUCUGAACAGUUGAUGUUGAGAUGUGUCUGUGACUUGAACUCUGUUAAACAUUUAUUUGGGCUGCAAUUUCUGAGGCUGGUAACUCUAAUGAACUUAUCCUCUGCAGCAGAGGUAACUCUGGGUCUUCCAUUCCUGUGGCGGUCCUCAUGAGAGCCUGUUUCAUCAUAGCACUUGAUGCUUUUUGCGACUGCACUUGAAGAAACUUCCAAAGUUCUUGAAAUGUUCCGUAUUGACUGACCUUCUUGUCUUAAAGUAAUGAUGGACUAUCGUUUCUCUUUGCUUACUUGAGCUGUUCUUGCCAUAAUAUGGACUUGGUCUUUUACCAAAUAGGGCUAUCUUCUGUAAACGCCCCUACCUUGUCACAACGCAACUGAUUGGCUCAAACUCAUUAAGAAGGAAAGAAAUUCCACAAAUUAACUUUUAAGAAAGCACACCUGUUAAUUGAAAUGCAUUCCAGGUGACUACCUAAUGAAGCUGGUUGCGAGAAUGCCAAGAGUGUGCAAAGCUGUCAUCAAGGUGGUUAUUUGAAGAACCUCAAAUAUAAAAUGUUUUUUGAUUUGUUUAACACUUUUUGGUUAUUACAUGAUUCCAUAUGUGUUAUUUCAUAGUUUUGAUGUCUUCACCAUUAUUCUACAAUGUAAAAAUAAAGAAAAACCCUUGAAUGAGUAAGUGUCCAAAAUUCUGACUGGUAGUCUAUAUAUACAGUGCAUUCUUAAACUAUUCAGACCCCUUGACUUUUUCCACAUUUUGUUACGUUACAGCCUUAUUCUAAAAUUGAUUAAAUUGGGUUUUUUUUCCCUCAAUCUACACGCAAUACCCCAUAAUGACAUAGCAAAAACAGGUUUUUUAAAUUUUGCAAAUGUAUUAAAAAUAUAAAACUGAAAUAUCACAUUUACAUAAGUAUUCAGACCUUUUACUUAGUACUUUGUUGAAGCACCUUUGGCAGCGGUUACAGCCUCGAGUCUUCUUUGGUAUGACGCUACAAGCUUGGCACACCUGUAUUUGGGGAGUUUCUCCCAUUCUUCUCUGCAGAUCCUCUCAAGCUCUGUCAGGUUUGAUGGGGAGCGUCGCUGCACAGCUAUUUUCAGGUCUCUCCAGAGAUGUUCGAUCGGGUUCAAGUCCGGGCUCUGGCUAUGCCACUCAAGGAUAUUCAGAGACUUGUCCUGAGUCCACUCCAGCGUUGUGUUGGCUGUGUGCUUAGGGUCGUUGUCCUGUUGGAAGGUGAACCUACACCACAGUCUGAGGUCCUGAGCACUCUGGAGCAGGUUUUCAUCAAGAAUCUCUCUGUACUUUGCUCCGUUCAUCUUUCCCUCCAUCCUGACUAGUCUCCCAGUCCCUGCCGAUGAAAAACAUCCCCACAGCAUGAUGCUGCCACCACCAUGCUUCACCGUAGGGAUGGUGCCAGGUUUCCUCCAGACGUUUGCCUUACCAAAUCAAGUCCAAUCAAUUGAAUUUACCACAGAUGGACUCCAAUCAAGUUGUAGAAACAUCUCAAGGAUGAUCAAUGGAAACAUGAAUUUCAAUUUCGAGUCUCAUAGCAAAGGGUCUGAAUACUUACUUAAAUAAGGUAUUUUUGUUUUUUUAUCAAUUCUAAAAACCUGUUCACUUUGUCAUUAUGGGGUAUUGUGUGUAGAUUGAUGACGAAAACAAAUAAUUUAAAACCAUUUUAAAAUACGGCUAACGUAACAAAAUGCAGAAAAAGUCAAGGGGUCUGAAUACUUUCCGAAUGCACUGUAUCUACCUUAAUUACAUCGUAACCCUGUACAUUGAUCUGGUACCGGUACUCCCUGUAUAUGGCUCCAUUCUUGUGUAUUUUAUUCCUCGUGUUACUAUUUUUCUUUCUAUUAUAAUUUUAAAACUCUGAGUCGUUGGGAAGGGCUCGUAAGCAAUGUUCCCUUUUAAGCUGCGCACGUGCGCGGCCUCGCACAGAACGCAGAAGAAAUGCCAUGCCGCGCAGAAACGCCCCAUUAGUUUGCACUAUAUACAGUGGGGAAAAAAAGUUUUUAGUCAGCCACCAAUUGUGCAAGUUCUCCCACUUAAAAAUAUGAGAGGCCUGUAAUUUUCAUCAUAGGCUCUCACAGACCUGUAACUUCUUCUUUAAGAGGCUCCUCUGUCCUCCACUCGUUACCUGCAUUAAUGGCACCUGUUUGAACUUGUUAUCAGUAUAAAAGACACCUGUCCACAACCUCAAACAGUCACACUCCAAACUCCACUAUGGCCAAGACCAAAGAGCUGUCAAAGGACACCAGAAACAAAAUUGUAGACCUGCACCAGGCUGGGAAGACUGAAUCUGCAAUAGGUAAGCAGCUUGGUUUGAAGAAAUCAACUGUGGGAGCAAUUAUUAGGAAAUGGAAGACAUACAAGACCACUGAUAAUCUCCCUCGAUCUGGGGCUACACGCAAGAUCUCACCCCGUGGGGUCAAAAUGAUCACAAGAACGGUGAGCAAAAAUCCCAGAACCACACGGGGGGACCUAGUGAAUGACCUGCAGAGAGCUGGGACCAAAGUAACAAAGCCUACCAUCAGUAACACACAACGCUGGCAGGGACUCAAAUCCUGCAGUGCCAGACGUGUCCCCCUGCUUAAGCCAGUACAUGUCCAGGCCCAUCUGAAGUUUGCUAGAGUGCAUUUGGAUGAUCCAGAAGAGGAUUGGGAGAAUGUCAUAUGGUCAGAUGAAACCAAAAUAGAACUCGUCGUGUUUGGAGGACAAAGAAUGCUGAGUUGCAUCCAAAGAACACCAUACCUACUGUGAAGCAUGGGGGUGGAAACAUCAUGCUUUGGGGCUGUUUUUCUGCAAAGGGACCAGGACGACUGAUCCGUGUAAAGGAAAGAAUGAAUGGGGCCAUGUAUCGUGAGAUUUUGAGUGAAAACCUCCUUCCAUCAGCAAGGGCAUUGAAGAUGAAACGUGGCUGGGUCUUUCAGCAUGACAAUGAUCCCAAACACACAGCCCGGGCAACGAAGGAGUGGCUUCGUAAGAAGCAUUUCAAGGUCCUGGAGUGGCCUAGCCAGUCUCCAGAUCUCAACUCCAUAGAAAAUCUUUGGAGGGAGUUGAAAGUCCGUGUUGCCCAGCAACAGCCCCAAAACAUCACUGCUCUAGAGGAGAUCUGCAUGGAGGAAUGGGCCAAAAUACCAGCAACAGUGUGUGAAAACCUUGUGAAGACUUACAGAAAACGUUUGACCUGUGUCAUUGCCAACAAAGGGUAUAUAACAAAGUAUAGAGAAACUUUUGUUAUUGACCAAAUACUUAUUUUCCACCAUAAUUUGCAAAUAAAUUCAUAAAAAAUCCUACAAUGUGAUUUUCUGGAUUUUUUUUUCUCAUUUUGUCUGUCAUAGUUGACAUGUACCUAUGAUGAAAAUUACAGGCCUCUCUCAUCUUUUUAAGCGGGAGAACAUGCACAAUUGGUGGCUGACUAAAUACUUUUUUCCCCCACUGUAGGCCUGCAUUGAACACCAUAAAGGAUACUGUAGGCUAUCUCAUAGAAAUCCUAAGCUAUUUCCAUGUGAAAAUGUUAUGGGAUUAGCUCCAUUGGUUUUGUUGGUAGGCCUACAUUAUGCUCAAAUAGCUACAAUAGCCUAUUGGCUACUGUGUAAAACUGUAAGGGUACAGCCUCAGUGUUCACUGUAAACGCGCGCCGGAAGUUGCCCAAAAGUCUCACAAUGUUCAAGUUUCUGCUCGCAAGACCUAAAAUCUGCUCAGUGCCCCAAAAAAUUUAACGGAACAUUGCUCGUAAGCAAGCAUUUCACGGUAAAGACUACAACCCUUGAAUUCGGCACAUGUGACAUUAAAUGUUAUUUGCAUUGCCAAUGCAUGCCAUAUGAUAAGCUGCAAAAAUAAACUCGAUACCAGCGGUGGCCAACCUUGCUCCACUGAUCCCUGAUCUACUGGGUGAGCAGACUACUAUUCCAGUACAGCAAUAUGACACUUGAGGUUUAAUAAGUUGAAUCAGGUGUGUUAUUGCUGGACUGAAACAGAACCCAGCACACCCAGCAGACCUCCAGCAGGGUUGGCCUGCUCCAAUUUGAUUGGUUUUAUACAUUGUGUGUGAUGUUUAACUGUCUUUUUGUGUACAUUUGCUAACUUAGGUAGGCCAACACAUACAGUGCCUUCAGAAAAUAUUUACACCCCCUGACUUUUUCCACAUUUUGUUUCACAGCCUGAAUUUAAAAUGGAUUAAAUUGAGAUUUGUUUCACUGGCCUGCACACAAUACCCCAUAAUGUCAAAGUGGAAUUGUUUUUAGAAAAUGUUUAUAAAUUGAUUAAAAAUGUAAAGCUGAAAUGUCUUGUCUAUACAGUGAGGGAAAAAAGUAUUUGAUCCCCUGCUGAUUUUGUACGUUUGCCCACUGACAAAGACAUGAUCAGUCUAUAAUUGUAAUGUUAGGUUUAUUUGAACAGUGAGAGACAGAAUAACAACAACAAAAUCCAGAAAAACAGAUGUAAAAAAUGUUAUACAUUUAUUUGCAUUUUAAUGAGGGAAAUAAGUAUUUGACCCCUCUGCAAAACAUGACUUAAUACUUGGUGGCAAAACCCUUGUUAACAAUCACAGAGGUCAGACGUUUCUUGUAGUUGGCCACCAGGUUUGCAGACAUCUCAGGAGGGAUUUUGUCCCACUCCUCUUUGCAGAUCUUCUCCAAGUCACCUUCAGCUCCCUCCACAGAUUUUCUAUGGGAUUAAGGUCUGGAGACUGGCUAGGCCACUCCAGGACCUUAAUGUGCUUCUUCUUGAGCCACUCCAUUGUUGCCUUGGCCGUGUGUUUUGGGUCAUUGUCAUGCUGGAAUACCCAUCCACAACCCAUUUUCAAUGCCCUGGCUGAGGGAAGGAGGUUCUCACCCAAGAUUUGACGGUACAUGGCCCCGUCCAUCGACCCUUUGAUGCGGUCAUGUUGUCCUGUCCCCUUAGCAGAAAAACACCCCCAAAGCAUAAUGUUUACACCUCCAUGUUUGACGGUGGGGAUGGUGUUCUUGGGGUCAUAGGCAACAUUCUUCCUCCUCCAAACACGGCGAGUUGAGUUGAUGCCAAAGAGCUCGAUUUUGGUCUCAUCUGACCACAACACUUUCACCCAGUUCUCCUCUGAAUCAUUCAGAUGUUCACUGGCAAACUUCAGACGGGCCUGUAUAUGUGCUUUCUUGAGCAGGGGGACCUUGCGGGUGCUGCAGGAUUUCAGUCCUUCACGGUGUAGUGUGUUACCAAUUGUUUUCUUGGUGACUAUGGUCCCAGCUGCCUUGAGAUCAUUGACAAGAUCCUCCCGUGUAGUUCUGGGCUGAUUCCUCACCGUUCUCAUGAUCAUUGCAACUCCACGAGGUGAGAUCUUGCAUGGAGCCCCAGGCUGAGGGAGAUUGACCUUUAUUUUGUGUUUCUUCCAUUUGCGAAUAAUCGCACCAACUGUUGUCACCUUCUCACCAAGCUGCUUGGCGAUGGUCUUGUAGCCCAUUCCAGCCUUGUGUAGGUCUACAAUCUUGUCCCUGACAUCCUUGGAGAGCUCUUUGGUAUUGGCCAUGGUGGAGAGUUUGGAAUCUGAUUGAUUGAUUGAUUGCUUCUGUGGACAGGUGUCUUUUAUACAGGUAACAAGCUGAGAUUAGGAGCACUCCCUUUAAGAGUGUGCUCCUAAUCUCAGCUCGUUACCUGUAUAAAAGACACCUGGGAGCCAGAAAUCUUUCUGAUUGAGAGGGGGUCAAAUACUUAUUUCCCUCAUUAAAAUGCAAAUCAAUUUAUAACAUUUUUGACAUGCAUUUUUCUGGAUUUUUUGUUGUUAUUCUGUCUCUCACUGUUCAAAUAAACCUACCAUUAAAAUUAUAGACUGAUCAUUUCUUUGUCAGUGGGCAAAUGUAAAAAAUCAGCAGGGGAUCAAAUACUUUUUUCCCUCACUGUAAGUAUUCAACUCCUUUGUUAUGGCAAGCCUAAAUACAUUGUGUAUAAAACAUUAGGAACACCUGCUCUUUUCCAUGACAUAGACUGACCAGGUGAAAACUAUGAUCCCUUAAUGUCACUUGUUAAAUCCACUUCAAUCAGUGUAGAGGAAGGGAAAGAGAUCGAUUUAAAGAAGGAAUUUUAAGCCUUGAAAUAAUUGAGACAUGGAUUGUGUGUGUGUGCCAUUCAGAGGGUGAAUGGGCAAAACAUAUUUAAUCCAUUUUGAAUUUGGGCUGUAACAACAGAAUGUGGAAUAUGUCAAUGGGUAUGAGUACUUUCUGAAGGCACUGUAUAACCCAAUGACAUUGCUCAUCCAUAUAUGUAUAUAUUCUUAUUCCAUUCCUCUACUUAGUUUUGUGUGUAUUAGAUAUUUGUUGUGGAACUGUUAGAUAUUACUUUCAAGAUAUUACUGCACUGUCGGAACUAGAAGCACAAGCAUUUUGCUACACUCGCAGUAACAUCUGCUAACCAUGUGUAUGUGACCAAUACAUUUGAUUUGAUAUAAGAUAUACCAUUAGUCUCUUGCGACAUUCAUUAGGAGUGCUCUCUUCAUUUGCAAACAGGCUUUCACAGCUUUCUAUAUCUGAUGACAGAAAACAUCACAAAGACACAGGCUUCAUUAUACUCAAAUUAGAUCGCUCUGAAUAUUAUGUUGCUGUUGUCUCUUUGUCCUCAAAGUUUUCCCCUUUUAGGGACUGUAACUGGAGAAUAUUUUCAUAAUGUCCUCCCAUUAAAUUGCCUGCCCUAUGCAGUAGCCUAUGCUCUCCUUUUACUGACAGCAGAAGCUGCAAUUUCACGCUUUUCCAUGGCUGUUAUUUACAAAUGCAUUUGAAGACUGUUUUUAAUUACAAUGAAUUACAUCAAGAUAGCUAGCUAAUAGGAAGUUAGCUAGCUGAUACAUUUAAUUUACUUUUCUAGCUAAACAGUGUGUAAAGUUAGCUAGAAGCUUAGUUGAGUUAGCCUACAAAGGUGCCUAUUGUAGCCAGCUAGCUAGCUUGGUAAUAAUACAUACUUUUUUUACAUUUAAAAAUGUAUUUACUUUCUUGAAUAGGUUCUCCCACUGCCUCAGUUUUUUGGGUUCUUACAAAAAUGAAAUAAUGGGCAAUCUUUAUUAUUAUUUUGUUUUUUGGUGGUAGCAAACAUAAAGUUAGCCAGCAGCCUAACGAAUGGAGACGAGGCAAAAAGUGUUUUUCACCAGAGCAGUUUAGAACGUGUUGUGACGUUUGACUUUACCGGCCUAAAUCAUUUUCGACUUCAGUAAAUAUCAAAUCAAAAAUCAACUCAAAUUGUAUUGGUCACAUACACAUAUUUAGCAGAUGUUAUUGCGGUUGUUGCGAAAUGCUUGUGUUCCUAGCUCCAACAGUGCAGUAGUAUCUAACAAGGUAUUCUAGGUCGGGUGAACAAAAGGACUUGAGUUCCUGUACGUUAACACAAUCACACCAUGGGUAGUUAAUCAUGAAACAUACAGCUCCGCCUUUAUUCUUCCCUUAGUUCUUUAUUAUUCUACAUCGCAGACUGUCGGCCACACUUGAUAACUAGCACUUGAAACUAGCAUACCCAACAACUCUACAAAAUAUGGAAACGGAAGACUAGGUUUUCAAAAGAAUGAAUGCCAUAGACACACCAGAAUAAUUUGUCAGAAAGGCUUUUGAAGAGAUGCUGAGUUGUCCAUUCUCAUUCCUGACUAAAAUUUGCUUCAUAAUCAGAGACCAGGUUUGAAUAUUGCUAUCCAUCAAUGAUUCCCAACCAAAUGUACUGCACUUGGGCAAUGGAUAUACACUCAGUGGCCAUCUAGUACUGGGUCGGACCCCCUUUUGCCUCCAGAAGAGCCUGAAUUCUUCGGGUCAUGGAUUCUACCAGGUGUUGCGUUCAAACGUUGCUCAAUUGGUAUGAAGGGACCUAACAUGUGCCAGGAACACAUUCCCCACACCAUUACAUUGUUAUUGUGUGUUAUAUAGUUUUUUUAUAUUUUACUUUAUGGUCUCAGGGCACUAUUGAAAAUGAGACCCUGAUCUCAAUUGGUCUCCCCUGAUUAAAUAAAAUGUAAUAAAAUAUAAAUAAAUAACACUACCGCCAUCAGCCUGUACCGUUGAGCACCAGGCAGGAUGGGGCCAUGGACUCACACUGCUUACGCCAAAUCCUGACUCUGCCAUCAGCAACAGGAACCAGGAUUCGUCGGACCAGGCAAUGUUUUUCCACUCCUCAAUUGUCCAGUGUUGGUGAUUGCGUGCCCACUGGAGCUGCUUCUUCUUGUUUUUAGCUGAUAAGUGUGGAACCCGGUGUGGUCAUCUGCUGCAAUAGCCAAUCUGUGACGAGGACCGACGAGUUUUGCGUUCCGAGAUGCCAUUCUGCACACCACUGUUGUACUGCGCCGUUAUUUACCUGUGUGUGGCCCACCUGUUAGCUUGUACGAUUCUUGCCAUUCUCCUUCGACCUCUCAUCAACAAACUGUUUUCGCCCACAGGACUGCCGCUAACUGGAUGUUUUUUGUUUGUCGCACCAUUCUCUGUAAACCCUAGACACUUGUGCGUGAAAAGCCCAGGAGGCCGGCCAUUUCUGAGAUACUUGAACCGGCGCGCCUGGCACAGAUGGGGUGCGUCACUUGAGUGGGUUGAGUUACUGACGUGAUCUUCCUGUCUGGGUUGGCGCCCCCCCCCUUGGUUUGUGCUGUGGUGGAGACCUCUGUGGGCUAUACUCGGCCUUGUCUCAGGAUUGUAAGUUGGUGGUUGAGGAUAUCCCUCUAGUGGUGCGGGGGCUGUGCUUUGGCAGAGUGGGUGGGGUUAUAUCCUUCCUGUUUGGCCCUGUCCGGGGGUUUCUUCGGAUGGGGCCACAGUGUCUCCGGACCGCUCCUGUCUCAGCCUCCAGUAUUUAUGCUGCAGUAGUUUAUGUGUCGGGGGGCUGGGGUUAGUUGGUUAUACCUGGAGUACUUCUCCUGUCUUAUCCAGUGUCCUGUGUGAAUUUAAGUAUGCUCUCUCUAAUUCUCUCGUUCUCUCUUUCUCUCUGAGAACCUGAGCCCUAGGACCAUACGUCAGGACUACCGGGCAUGAUGACACCUUGCUGUCCCCAGUCCGCCUGGCCUUGCUGCUAUUCCAGUUUCAACUGUUCUGCCUGCGGUUACGAAACCCCUACCUGUCCCAGACCUGCUGUUUUCAACUCUUAAUGAUCGGCUAUGAAAAGCCAACUGAGAGACCUGAGCCCUAGGACCAUACGUCGGGACUACCGGCCGUGGUGACUCCUUGCUGUCCCCAGUCCGCCUGGCCUUGCUGCUAUUCCAGUUUCAACUGUUCUGCCUGCGGUUAUGGAACCCCUACCUGUCCCAGACCUGCUGUUUUCAACUCUUAAUGAUCGGCUAUGAAAAGCCAACUGAGAUUUAUUCCUGAUUAUUAUUUGACCAUGCUUGUCACUUAUGAACAUUUUUGAACAUCUUGGCAUGGUUCUGUUAUAAUCUUCACCCGGCACAGCCAGAAGAGGACUGGCCACCCCUCAUAGCCUGGUUCCUCUCUAGGUUUCUUCCUAGGUUUUCGCCUUUCUAGGGAGUUUUUCCUAGCCACCGUGCUUCUACACCUGCAUUACUAGCUGUUUGGGGUUUUAGGCUGGGUUUCUGUACAGCACUUCGAGAUAUUAGCUGAUGUAAGAAGGGCUAUAUAAAAUAAAAUUGAUUGAUUGAUUGAUUGAUCAUACCACGCUCCAAGUCGCUUAGGUCACUCGUUUUGGCCAUUUUAACGUUCAAUCGAACGGUAACUGAAUGCCUCGAUGCCUGUCUGCCUGCUUUAUAUCGCAAGCUACGUGACUCACUGUCUGUAGUGAUGUACCUAAUAAACUGGUAAAGAGUUGUGCAGUUGGUAGAAUCUUAUUCAAAGUUAUUCACAGCUGGCUAGCUACAAAAGGUGCUUCCACCAAGUAUUAGCUGGUUGAAGAUGUACACAAUCAAGAUUAUUUGAAAGUUUUUUUGGAAACAAAUAUUUUACAUGUAAAAAAUGGAAUAGGUUUUAUUGAUCUGUAGGAUAAAAUCAUAAUCGUGGUAUCCAGAAACAACUUUUAAUGCCUAUCUCAUUGGUACAGGUGUAUAUUUUAAGGAAUUGGAUAGGUCUAAGUGAUAUGGUAGUAGCUCUCAUAGGCUGGGCCAUUUUGCUAACACCUAACCAGUGCUCUCAGGGGGCAGGGGCUAGGGGUUGUUUGCCUUUCAUUUUCAGACAUGAAACCAAAAGUGCAGUAAAAAGCACUUAAAAAUACACUUUCAGUACUGAAAGAGUCUUCUGAAAAGCAUGCAAUGGACAGUUAUUAUUUUUUUGCUCAUUUAAAAGGUUAUUUCAUGAAAUUGAGCAUGUGCUUAUCCUCAUCUCUACUCUUUAUUUGUGGCAGGUCGGAGACUGAACAUCACAGCAGAGCAUGAUUGUCGGAGGCUGCACUGCGCUCUCAGGGACCUCAGCUCCCUACUUCAGGCUGUCGGGAGGCUGGCUGGGUAUUUCAUUGGGGACGUUUUCGCCGCACGCUUCAACGAUGCGCUAGCGGUGGUGGAGAGGUUAGUGUGCCACACUGCUUCCUUCAGUCCAUGGUUGUGGUCACUUCCAUUUAAAUUUCAGUUUACUUCCUGAAUUGGCUUAAUUAAAAUGGAGUUGACCCCCUUGCUUCUGUCAAACAUCAGUGUUUACCUUCGUUUUGGUUCCUAGCGCCUAUCCCUUUGGUGGCCUCCAAUAUGUGAAGAAGAAAGAGAAAAGAGCUUUUGGCCAAAAUGAAAUUAUGCAUUUUCCUGAGUGACCACUUACACUUGAGAUUUUAUUAUUCCAAGUGAAUUAUUGAAAAGUGGCAAGACAAUUUUAUAAGUCUUGAUUUGGAAUUGACAAUGUAGUACUUCCUGAAUUGAAAUCAAAUUUACCCCAAUCCUGUCUUCUUGUAUUACAGGUGAGAAUUUUGAUAAGGAAAUAAAUAAUUCAGAUUGCAUCAUUGUUUAGUGUCUCUGCACUUGUGUUUAUAGAUUGGUGGAGGUCACAUGCUAUGGCUCUCAGAUCAGCCUGUAUGACUUGGAGACUGCCGUGCCAUCUGUGCUCAAGCCUGACCUCAUCGACGUGUGAGUGUCAACCGUUUACUGCCACUGUCUACAGUGCCUUCAGAAAGUAUUCACAUCCCUUGACUUUUCCACAUUUUGUUGUUACAGCCUGAAUUUAAAAUUGAUAAAAUUUAGAUUUUGUGUCACUGGCCUACACAUAAUACCCCAUCAUGUCAAAGUGGAAUUAUGUUUUUAGAUUUUUUUUUUUUAUUAAUUAAAAAUGAAAAGAUGAAAUGUCUUGAGUCAAUAAGUAUUUAACCCCUUUGUUAUGGCAAGCCUAAAUACUGCAAGUUCAGGACUACAAAUUUGCUUAACGAGUCACAUAAGAAGUUGCAUGUACUCACUCUGUGUGAAAUAAUAGUUUUUAACAUGAGUUGGAAUUACUACCUCAUCUCUGUACCCCACACAUACAAUUAUCUGUAAGGUCCCUCAGUCGAGCAGUGAAUUUCAAACACAGAUUCAACCACAAAGACCAGGGUGGUUUUCCAAUGCCUCGCAAAGAAGGACACCUAUUGGUAGAUGGGUAAAAAUAAAAUAAAAAGCAGACAUUGAAUAUCCCUUUGAGCAUGGUGAAGUUAUUAAUUACACUUUGGAUGGUGUAUCAAUACACCCAGUCACUACAAAGAUACAGGCGUCCUUCCUAACUCAGUUGCCGGAGAGGAAGGAAACCGCUCAGGGAUUUCACCAUGAGGCCAAUGGUGACUUUAAAACAGUAAUGACUGUGAUAGAAAAAACUGAGGAUGAUUCAACAACAUUGUAGUUACUCCACAAUAGAGUUAAAAGGAGGAAGCCUGUACAGAAUAGAAAUAUUCCAAAACAUGCAUCCGGUUUGUAAUAAGGCACUAAAGUAAAAUGGCAAAAAAUGUGGCAAAGAAAUUAACUUUGUCCUGAAUAGAAAGUGUUAUGUUUGGAGCAAAUAAACGGAAUAGAGGAAUACUUGGUUCAGUCUGCUUUCCAACAGACACUGGGAGACAAAUUCACCUUUCAAUAACCUAAAAUACAAGGCCAAAUAUACGCUGGAGUUGCUUACCAAGACGACAUUGAAUGUUCCUGAGUGGCUUAGCUACAGUUUUGACUUAAAUCGGCUUGAAAAUCUAUGGUAUGACUUGAAAAUGGCUGUCUAGCAAUGAUCAACAACCAACUUGACAGAGCUUGAAGAUUUUUUAAAGAAUAAUGUGCAAAUAUUGUACAAUCCAGGUGUGCAAAGCUCUUAGAGACUUACCCAGAAAGACUCACAGCUGUAAUCACUUCCAAAGGUGAUUCUAACAUGUAUUGACUCUGGUUUGAAUUCUUAUGUAAAUUAGAUAUUUCUGUAUUUAAUUUUCUAUAAAUUUGCCAACAUUUCAACAAAAUAAACUGUUUUCAAUUUGUCAUUAUGGGGUAUUGUGUGUAGAUGAAUGAGAAAAAAAUCUAAUUAAUCCAUUUUGAAUUCAGGCUCUUACACAACAAAAUGUGGAAUAAGUCAAGGGGUAUGAAUACUUUCUGAAGGCACUGUAGAUAUGUAGUGUAUUCGUCAGAAAUUGCUGUCUUUUACCCUUGUCUAUAGACGUAACUUCAGAAUUCACAUGUUUAUUAAACAAAAAUGUGUGAUAAGAAAAUAGUCAGAGAGCAUUUGAUUCUCUUGGCAAAUGUAACUGUAUUGUCACAGAUGUUAAUGUGUGUUUGUGUCCAGCCAUGCCCAGUCCUUGGCGGCGUUGCAGGCUUACUCCCACUGGCUGGCUCAAUUCUACAGUGAGGUUCAGAGGCAGAACCAGAGCCGCUUCAUCAGCCUCGUCACCUCCACCAUGGACGCCACCGCACCACUCAUCACUGCCAAGGUAACCAACCGUACACACACACACACACUCAGUAUGUGGUAGUAACAGUAUGUCUGUGUUAAAUCUUACCUAGUUGCUGAUGUUGUGCAAUUGGUAUCAUGACAUGACACCCAGUGUGUCCAUUUUUAUGCCGACCAACUGAGCUUGCAUGUUUGUGUUCUCAUUGGCCAAAAACUGGUUAUCAGAUCAUUUUAGCCAGUCAACUAAGAAUCUUUCCAAACUUUGGCAAUUCCUUGUGUUACCUAUUUAAUUGUGAAACUGUCUUUCUCUUCUAGGUACCCGAAAAGUUGCUGCUGUCGGCAUGCCAUCUCAUGGUGUCCAUGGCGACCACCGUGCGGCCUGUUUUCCUGGUCACGUUGCCCGCCGUGCAGAACAUCUUCAACCUCAUCACAGAGAGCCAGACUCGCAGGCUCCCCCAAGAGGUCAGAGUGCGCCAUUAUGGCUUCAAUGUUAUUUUGAGGCUUAGGUUCGAGAUUCAUUCCGACCGCAGGUUGUCGUCAAUGCCCGUCCUUAAUCUAUUUCCUGAUUAGAAAUGGACCACUUAAAAUAAUACAACUUUUCUCUCUCCGGAUUCUGGGGUGUAGUGCUUUAGGGCUUUAUCUAAUGUGCCAAUGUUGACAUGAUCAUGUAGUGGGCAGGGUGAGGGUGAUAUCCAAUGUGUGUGCGUGCAUGUAUGCAUAAUGUGUCUCAUGGAAUGUCUAUACUCCCCACCUAUAGUCGCACCUGCUUGAGUGUGUAUGGUUAUGCGUGGAGGGAUCUGUCUAAUGUGUGUGUGUCUCCACUCCUCCAGGCCCACAUGCUCGUGUGCAGGGCUCUGUCCAACAUGCUGCUGCUGCCUUGGUCUAACCUGCCAGAGAGCGAGCAGCAGUGGCAAACCCGCUCCAGUAGCCACGGCAGCCUGCUGGCUGCCCUCACCCGCCACUACCGCCUACUGAGGGACACUGCCAACCAGCCACCACGCCGCCUUGGCCUGGAAGACAGUCAGUUGGGCUUCAUGCCAUUUAUCAUCCAAACGUCUCCUGUAGUUUUGAUAUUGCUACAGUCCUGUUUCAGCUGGUAUUUCAGCUGGUAUUUACUAAGAAAUAAUGUGGGGGGAAAGAUAUGAUGACAAUGGGUACUUUUUAGUACUUAUUUCUAGGCUUGGGCGGUAUACCGGGGUAUUUUGAAGUACCAACGUAUGAUUUUCAAUACUGCCAAAAGCCUUUUUAUUUUUUUAUUAUAUUGAGCAUGCUUAUAAAGACCACAUGGCGCAAACAUGACGUGACGAUCCACUCUUGAGCAGCACAAGCGAGGUGAUCAAGUUACACUACUGAUGUUUGCCAGCUACAUAUCUUAUAACUAUACGUUAACUAUCUAAGAUGUGCCAAAUACAUUUGCUCCAGCUCAGGGCUCCAGCUAUGCAUUUUGUUUGCUAACUUGCUAGCUAUAAGUGGCUAGCUUUCAAGAUUAAGCUUUUUGGUUACAGCAGAGACAAUCAAUUCCCUCCUGGAUCAAGUGUGAGUAGCCUUUUUGAGAUAGUUGUAUGACUUUAUUAGCUGGGUUGUCUGUCCUGCAUUUAGUUUAUGUUCGCUUGCGCUUAUUAGCAUUUAGCUAGUGUCCCAUAUGGGAAUUUGCUAGUACUUUGUUAGCUAAAAGCAAUAAAUAAUAAUGUUUGGAAAGAAAUUGCGUCCCUUGUGGGCACUGCCGGUAAUAGCGCAUACCCCAAUAUGGUACAUGAACGGUAUGGAAAUUCGAAUACCGCCCAAACCUACCUAUUUGAACUCAAUUGGUAACUGCUUGGUACCAAAUGGUGUACAGUGCCUUCGGGAAGUAUUCAGACCCCUUUACUUUUUCCACAUUUUGUUACGUUACAACCUGAUAAAAAAUAUAUAUAUUCUCAUCAAUCUACACACAAUACCCCAUAAUGACAAAGCAAAAACAUAUUUUUAGAAAUGUUUGUACAAAAAAACUGUAAUAUACAUUUACAUAAGUAUUCAGACCCUUUACUCAGUACUUUGUUGAAGCACCUUUGAUUUCGAUUACAGCCUCAAGUCUUAUUGGGUAUGACGCUACAAGCUUGGCACACUUGUAUUUGGGGAGUGUCAGGUUGGAUGGGGAGCGUAGCUGCACAGCUAUUUUCAGGUCUCUCCAGAGAUGUUCGAUCGGGUUCAAGUCCAGGCUCUGGCUAGUCAAGGACAUUCAGAGACUUGUUCCAAAGCCACUUCUGCGUUGUUUUGGCUGUGUGCUUAGGGUCGUAAUCUCCCAGUCCCUGCCACUGAAAAACAUACCCACAGCAUGAUGCUGCCACCACCAUGCUUCACCGUAGGGAUGGUGCCAGGUUUCCUCCAGACGUGACGGUUGGCGUUCAGGCCAAAGAGUUCAAUCUUGGUUUCAUCAGACCAGAGAAUCUUGUUUCUCAUGAUCUGAAAGUCCGUUAGGUGCCUUUUGGUAAACUCUAAGCGGGCUGUCAUGUGCCUUUUACUGAGAAGUGGCUUCCAUCUGGCCACUCUAUUAUAAAGUCCUGAUUGGUGGAGUGCUGCAGAGAUGGUUGUCAUUCUGGAAGGUUCUCCCAUCUCCACAGAGGAACUGGAGCUCUGUCAGAGUGACCAUCAGGUUCUUGGUCACCUCCCUGACCAAGGCCCUUCUUCCCCGAUUGCUCAGUUUGGCCGGGCGGCCAGCUCUAGGAAGAGUCUUGGUGGCAACUGUGUUCUUGGGGACCUUCAAUGCUGCAGAAAUGUUUUGGUACCCUUCCCCAGAGCUGUGCCUCGACACAAUCCUGUCUCGGAGCUCGGAGAAUUUACCACAGGUGGACUCCAACCAAGUUGUAGAAACAUCUCAUGGAUGAUCAGUGGAAACAGGAUGCACCUUAGCUCAAUUUAGAGUCUCAUAGCAAAGGGUCUGAAUACUUAUGAAAAUAAGGUAUUUCUUUUUUAAAAUUUGUAAUACAUUUGCAAAAAUUUCUAAACCUGUUUUUGCGUUGUCAUUAUGGGGUAUUGUGUGUAGAUUGAUAAGAAUGUUUCAUUUUAUCCAUUUUAGAAUUAGGCUGUAACAAAAUGUGGAAAAAGUCGAGGUGUCUGAAUACUUUACCAAUGCACUGUGUGUGUGUGUAUAUAUGUAAUAAUAAUAAUUCCAUGCAUAAAUAGUGGUGAGACGAUUACACGCUGAAGUUUAAUGCACUGAUUGUAAGAACGGGACACUAGAGACAUUAUACUUUUGGCCUUAUAGCAUAAACCCACACCUCUUUCUCUCUCUCUUUCUUAGCGAAAGCAGUGCUGCACCAGACGUUGCCUGUGUUAAGGGACAUUGUGGACAGCAUCUCCGGGGAAUCCACCAAAUCCCGACAGAUCUGCUACCAGAGUCUCCAGGAGUCCGUGCAAGUUUCCUUGGGCCUCUUUCCUGUCUUCAUCCAGCAGCUAGGUCAGAAGAAAAAACACAAUGUUACAACACAAUAGUUUCAGUCAUAAUAGAGAGCUGACGUGUUGUAAUUUUACGAUUACCCAUUCACUGAUUUUACCUCCAUUAAAUGAAAAUCUAAAAUCCAUCACCACAGUACAUUUCAAGUAAUUUUACCAUGUAACGUUAUACGUAUGAUAUGCCUGAGCAAGGUCACUGUAUGUGACAAAACCGUUGCACUUAACAAAAUGUUUAUUUGCAAGUACACACAGUGUGACUGUCCUUUCAGCCAUUCUAACAAUGUAACAUUUCACAGGAAAUGUUGCCUGUGCCAUUUUCAAUGACAUUCACCUUUUAUGAAUGAUAUUUAAAGCUUACUACAAGCUUUAUGCAUAUGCAAGAUUUGGAGUGUUGCAAUGUCAGUUGUCGUCACUAAAGGGACGGCUCCUUGUAAUACGCUCUGGCGUUCAACAUACUUUUUUACUACCUGAAAAUUGAGACGCUGUAUCAUUCCUUCUGCUGCCAUGGGGGCAGUGUUGUCACUUGUUUCCUUCAUCUGAUAUAUAGGCUAUUCAUCAAAAUAGCCUAUUUUGCAUUGAUAACCAAAUAAUCUAAUCUCAACAGCUGUUCAAACAGUUAACCAAAAGGUUGGAUAUUGUGAAAUGGUAGAACCUGCUGUAGCCAACUAGCUAGCCAUGUGCUUUUUUACUUUGUGACCAAAACAUGAUGAUGUUCUAUGUUUAGCUGAUAUGGAAAUUAAUACGCAAGCGGCAUAUCAAAGUCGGAUAAUGUUUUAGGUUACACCGGCAAGUAUAAGAAUAUUUGCCAGGGCAUAUUUUUUCAUUAUGAAUCUGAUUAUUGCGCAUGGAGAUGUGGGAAGCUAAAAAAGCUAGCUAGCAUGCUAUGUUUUUAUCCAGGCUAAACCAGCUAGCCGGGCUGCCAGCUAGCUACUACUAGUAAGGGAAGGCGACUCUUUAUUGCUUACACAAAAUGAAAAGACAAAAUAAAAAUAAAUGUUUAUAUCGCCCCCUUGUGAAUGGGAGUGGGACGGCGAGGAUGUCAUGUUACCAAAAGGUGUCCGCUACUCCACAAAUCCCACUCCACCCACAUGCACGCACAGUAGAUCAACGGAGUGAAGCUUGUAGUCACCUUAAAAAGGACCGUUUGCAGAUUUCAUUUUCUCUAUCACUUAAAAUGUAAUUUUCACUCAAAACAUUCUGAUCAUUGAUUUGAUAUAAUGCCAAAGCUGAGUUAUUCUUUCUGACAUUCUCUGUCUUUCCCGCUGUCACUCCCUCUCUCCUCAAGAUGUGACGGAUGAGAUGCUGAGCUUCUUCCUCACACUGUUUCAAGGCCUGCGUGUUCAGAUGGGCGUGCCCUUCACCGGACAAAUUAUACACACCUUCCUCAGCAUGUUCACCAGGUAGGACACACACACACACACACACACACACACACGCUUAGACACAAAUAUAGUGACCAUUUUAAAGCUACAAUCUGGGAUUCGGAAAACAACAAAACAGCUGCCCCGCCACAUGUUUUGAUAUACAGCUGAGGGAUGAGGCUAGGGAAAUGUAACCCCUCUCAAAUUAAUAGACUGCGCUGUAGACGGAAAGACUGGCCGUCCUCAACAUCCCCGUGAUAGUUUUAAACAUUUAGAAGCUAUAAAUUGUUUGUUACGUUCUUGUGUGUGCUCCUCAGGGAGCAGCUGGCAGCCAGUAUCUUGCAGGAAGGCAGCGCAGGCUGCCGAGUGGUGGAGAAGUUCCUAAAGAUUCUCCAGGUGGUGGUUCAGGAGCCCGGCCAGGCCUUCAAACCCUUCCUACCCAGCGUACUCUCUCUCUGCAUGGAGCAGGUCUACCCUAUUGUGGCUGAGGUGAGAGUGCACUCUCAUUCAUACGACAUGUUUGUACACACUGAAUAAAAAAUUAUAAUACAUACACUGUGUGUAUGUGUGGUAUAUCGAUCGAUGGGGUUGGGCACUGGGUCAGCAAAAAAUGAAUUUCUGACCAACAAUGGAUAAUAAAGGUCUACUGUGAUUUCUUUGUCUGUCCCACAGCGUUCCUCUCCAGACGUUAAGGCAGAGAUGUUUGAGCUGCUAUACCAGGUGCUUCACCAUAACUGGAGGUACUUCUUCAAGACCUCUGUCCUAGCCAGUGUGCAGAGGGGAUCGCCUGAGGAGGCCAUGGAGAACGAGGCCCAGUUUAGUGCUGCCAUGCAGGUGUGUGUGUGUGUGUGUGGGGGGGGGUGGGGGGUGCUGGAUACCAUGUUUAGCUAGCUCGUCUGGGCUUGUUGAUGUUAGCUAGCACAUGGACAAGUACUGCAGUAGUCAGACAUGACACAAAUUACCACCAUAGCUGGAUCCUUCAUUCAUUUUUGCACUACACAAUAAAGUUUUAUGAGAACAGUCAGCCCUCGAAUGCUAGCUACCUAACAUUAGCAAGCAAAUCAGAGUUGAAACAAGCUAGCUAGCAGGAUUUUUUGUUGGCCAGGUUGUAUUGAACGUCAUAUCAAACCUGUUGUCUGGUUUGUUUGGUUAGUUAGCUAGCUAAUAGCCAUUGCCAUGGCAAGCAAGGUAGGAAUUAAGCUAGCUAGCUUGCCUGUUAUGCUAGCGAUGAUGCUAACUGUUUAGCUAGCUAACAUUAGCAAGCUAAAUACAUGGUUCUGAGUCUGGCUGGCACUGGCAUGAGUAUGGGGUAACGUUAGUUACAGCAUCGUGAGGGCGAAUUAAAUUCUUCAUUAGUGAAGCCAGCUGUACAGUCAGAUAUUGGCUACCUAGCAACAUGACAUCAUUUCUAAUUUCUUGAGGCAGUGGAAAUGCAAUUCGAGCUAGCCCACCAAGGCCAGCCCAACCCGGGUUGACUUCAAAGUGCCAAUGGAAACUGAGCUUUUAGUGAAUUUGUCAAUACAUUUCCAAAAAUGUCUAAACGAAACUGCAACGGCAAGUUAAUAAUAGCCUUUCUAUAUUUACCUCGUACACUAUAUAAUUGGCUUAUAGCACCCUUCUAAUCAUUAAGCAAUGUGCAGAAAAUUCCACCUCCUAGCCUUUACGUUGUAGCGCUAUCCAAGUCAAUAUUCAAAUGUAAGUUGUAGUCACAAUCCAGCAUGUUACUGCCAUUUGUACAAUGUUCUGUUGAAAAAAAAAAACGGUCAAAAUAUAAAUAAAUACUCUAAUACUAUAUUGCUUAUACAGGGUUGUGGUCAAUUUGAAUUGAAGUCAGUCAAUUCAGGAAGUAAACUCAAAUUCAAUGACUUCUCAAUAACCUGAAAAGUAGAAGCUAUUUAUUUCAAAUGUUUUCAAUUCGAAUUGACCCCAACCAACCCUGGAUUAUAACUAUCCAGUUAUUUCAGUGUCUAGGGGGAAUGGGUUAUGGGUUGUUUUUGGACAGGGCUGUAGAAUUCCCUGACAUGGGCUCAAAUCUGUUUCUCCAGGCUUUUGGGCAGUCUUUCCUGCAGCCGGACAUCCACAUCUUCAAGCAGAACCUCUCUUACCUGGAGUCCCUCAACAGCAAGCACAAGCUCUACCACAGAGUGAGUUCAGCUUUUAUCUGCCAUACCAUUUGCUCCAAAAGUGCAAUUUAUUGUUGCUCCAAAAUGACCCUUUGUCUCUUCUUUGUGACACUUUAUUUGAAUGGUCCGUCUUAAUAACCUCACCUCAAAUGUUUGUCAUCAUGAAAAUAUUUAUAUCUAAUUCUAAACUAUAUACACAAAACUAUGUGGACAUCCCUUCAAAUUAGUGGAUUCGGCUAUUUCAGCCACACUCGUUACUGACAGGUGUAAAAUCGAGCACACAGCCAUGCAAUCUCAAUAGUCAAACAUUGGCAGUAGAAUGGCCAUACUGAAGAGCUCAGUGACUUUCAAUGUGACACUGUCAUAGAAUGUCACCUUUCCAACAAGUCAGUCACAUUUCUGCCCUGCUAGAGCUGCCCCGGUCAACUGUAAGUGCUGUUAUUGUGAAGUGGAAACGCCUAGGAGCAACAACGGCUCAACCGCGAAGUGGUAGGCCACAUAAGCUCACAGAACGGGACCACCGAGUGCUGAAGUGCACAGAACAGGACCACUGAGUGCUGAAACUGCCUCUGGAAGCAACGUCAGCACAAGAACUGUUGGUCGGGAGCUUCAUGACAUGGGUUUCCAUGGCCGAGCAGCCGUACCCAAGCCUAAGAUCACCAUGCAAAGCCAAGUGUCGGUUGGAGUGGUGUAAAGCUCACCUCCAUUGGACUCUGGAGCAGUGGAAACGCGUUCUCUGGAGUGAUGAAUCACGCUUCACCAUCUGGCAGUCAGACGGACAAAUCUGGGUUUGGCGGAUGCCAGGAGAACGCUACCUGCCCCAAUGCAUAGUGCCAACUGUAAAGUUUGGUGGAGGAGGAAUAAUGGUCUGGGGCUGUUUUUCAUGGUUUGGGCUAGGCCCCUUAGUUCCAGUGAAGGGAAAUCUUAACGCUACAGCAUACAAUGACAUUCUAGACGAUUCUGUGCUUCCAACUUUGUGGCAACAGUUUGGGGAAGGCCCUUUCCUGUUCAGCAGGACAAUGACAAUUCACAAUGCGGGGUCCAUACAGAAAUAGUUUGUCGAGAUUGGUGUGGAAGAACUUAACUGGCCUGCACAGAGCCCUGACCUCAACCCCAUUGAAAACCUUUGGAUGAAUUGGAACGCCGACUGCGAGCCAGGCCUAAUUGCCCAACAUCAGUGCCCGACCUCACUAAUGCUCUUGUGGCUGAAUGGAAGCAAGUCCCCGCAGCGAUGUUCCACCAUCUAGUGGAAAGCCUUCCCAGAAGAGUGGAGGCUGUUAUAGCAGCAAAGGGGGGACCAACUCCAUAUUAAUGCCCAUGAUUUUGGAAUGAGAUGUUCGACGAGCAGGUGUCCACAUACUUUUGGUCAUGUAGUGUAUUUCUAUGAUUGUCAUAAAUAUAAAUACAAUAUAAAUAUGAACUUGACAUUACAUGUCAUGAUGGUUUAUGCUAUUAUUAUCAUACUAAUUAGGACACAGUCAAUAUAGCGCAUGAUAGCAUCACUAAAUACUGAGAGAACUAUGAAGUUCAAUAUAUUUGUCCAUCACUUCACUUUUGCAUCUCAAAAAGGUAAAUUAAGGGGAUGCUUAUAUUUGUCGUGUUUUACACAUGUACAAGUGUGUAACCUGUAAAAGUGUGUGUUGAUAAAUGGAAAUGUGUUUUUUGCAUUUCCCACUCCCCUGAGACACCCUCGGAGAGCGGUGUCACGGCCAGGGAUCAGCCAUUAUUGACGACGAUCCCCAACCCAAUUAGGGUUGUGCAGAUCGACAGAUUUUUCACCUAGUCGGCUCAGGGAUUUGAACUAGCAACCUUUCGGUUACUGGCCCAACGCUCUAACUGCUAGGCUACCUGCCGCCCAGUCUUGAAUUCAUAAAUGCAUGUAUUUUAUAUUUUUUUCUGUUGAUAGACUGGUUGCAGUUUGCAGACAGCUCUCCUUCCUACAUAAGUUUCAAACAUAGCAUGAUUAUAAGUGCAUUUAAUGAAUUAUUAUUGUCUGUAAAAUAUUGUGACUGAUUUGUGGUCAACAAAUAGCCAAGUAUAUCCAGUUUUUUAAUUAUCUCCUAGACUACUCUUUUACCUUACCUUUUGUUUUAUAUACAGUGGGGAGAACAAGUAUUUGAUACACUGCUAAUUUUGCAGGUUUUCCUACUUACAAAGCAUGUAGAGGUCUGUAAUUUUUAUCAUAGGUACACUUCAACUGUGAGAGACGGAAUCUAAAACAAAAAUCCAGAAAAUCACAUUGUAUGAUUUUUAAGUAAUUAAUUUGCAUUUUAUUGCAUGACAUAAGUAUUUGAUCACCUACCAACCAGUAAGAAUUCCGGCUCUCACAGACAUGUUAGUUUUUCUUUAAGAAGCCCUCCUGUUCUCCACUCAUUACCUGUAUUAACUGCACCUGUUUGAACUCGUUACCUGUAUAAAAGACACCUGUCCACACACUCAAUCAAACAGACUCCAACCUCUCCACAAUGGCCAAGACCAGAGAGCUGUGUAAGGACAUCAGGGAUAAAAUUGUAGACCUGCACAAGGCUGGGAUGGGCUACAGGACAAUAGGCAACAGCUUGGUGAGAAGGCAACAACUGUUGGCGCAAUUAUUAGAAAAUUGAAGAAGUUCAAGAUGACGGUCAAUCACCCUCGGUCUGGGGCUCCAUGCAAGAUCUCACCUCGUGGGGCAUCAAUGAUCAUGAGGAAGGUGAGGGAUCAGCCCAGAACUACAUGGCAGGACCUGGUCAAUGACCUGAAGAGAGCUGGGACCACAGUCUCAAAGAAAACCAUUAGUAACACACUACGCCGUCAUGGAUUAAAAUCCUGCAGCGCACGCAAGGUCCCCCUGCUCAAGCCAGCGCAUGUCCAGGCCCGUCUGAAGUUUGCCAAUGACCAUGUGGAUGAUCCAGAGGAGGAAUGGGAGAAGGUCAUGUGGUCUGAUGAGACAAAAAUAGAGCUUUUUGGUCUAAACUCCACUCGCCGUGUUUGGAGGAAGAAGAAGGAUGAGUACAAACCCCAAAACACCAUCCCAACCGUGAAGCAUGGAGGUGGAAACAUCAUUCUUUGGGGAUGCUUUUCUGCAAAGGGGACAGGACGACUGCACCGAAUUGAGGGGAGGAUGGAUGGGGCCAUGUAUCGCAAGAUCUUGGCCAACAACCUCCUUCCCUCAGUAAGAGCAUUGAAGAUGGGUCAUGGCUGGGUCUUCCAGCAUGACAACGACCCGAAACACACAGCCAGGGCAACUAAGGAGUGGCUCCGUAAGAAGCAUCUCAAGGUCCUGGAGUGGCCUAGCCAGUCUCCAGACCUGAACCCAAUAGAAAAUCUUUGGAGGGAGCUGAAAGUCCGUAUUGCCCAGCGACAGCCCCGAAACCUGAAGGAUCUGGAGAAGGUCUGUAUGGAGGAGUGGGCCAAAAUCCCUGCUGCAGUGUGUGCAAACCUGUUCAAGACCUACAGGAAACGUAUGAUCUCUGUAAUUGCAAACAAAUGUUUCUGUACCAAAUAUUAAGUUCUGCUUUUCUGAUGUAUCAAAUACUUAUGUCAUGCAAUAAAAUGCAAAUUAAUUACUUAAAAAUCAUACAAUGUGAUUUUCUGGAUUCCGUCUCUCACAGUUGAAGUGUACCUAUGAUAAAAAUUACAGACCUCUACAUGCUUCGUAAGUAGGAAAACCUGCAAAAUCAGCAGUGUAUCAAAUACUUGUUCUCCCCACUGUAUAUAUAUAUAUAUACUACCGUUCAAAUGUUUGGGGUCACUUAGAAAUGUCCUUGUUUUCGAAAGAAAAUCAAUUUUUUUGUCCAUUAAAAUAACAUCAAAUUAAUCAGAAAUACAGUGUAGACAUUGUUAAUGUUGUAAAUGGCUAUUGUAGCUGGAAACAGCUGAUUUGUUAUGGAAUAUCUACAUAGGCGUGCAGAGGCCCGUUAUCAGCAACCAUCAGUCCUGUGUUCCAAUGGCAAAUUGUGUUUGCUAAUCCAAGUUUAUCAUUUUAAAAGGCUAAGAAAAAGCCAUAUCUCAGACUGGCCAAUAAAAAGAAAAUAUUAAGAUGGGCUGUCUGAGAUAUGGCUUUUUCUUGCAACUCAGCAUCCCGGAGUCGCCUCUUCACUGUUGACGUUGAGACUGGUGUUUUGCAGGUACUAUUUAAUGAAGCUGCCAGUUGAGGACCUGUGAUUUAGAGGUUAUUUUAUUAUUUUCUUGAAGGUGAAUUAACUUUUUGCCUGAGAAGUGUGAGUUGAUAAAGAGUUACAUUCAGUGAUGGCUCAGUGAUGGCCAUUGUGCACAAUAAAGAUGCGUGGAAUUGAAUCAUUAAUUUGGGGACAAUAAAGAUGAAUGGAAUUAAACGGAAUGAUUCUAACAUUGGUGUUUGGCCACACUGUUCUUUCUGUCUGUGUCUAUUCCAGAAGCUGUUCCGGACCUCCAUGCUAUUUCACUUCAUCAACGUGCUCCUACAGGUGCUCCUCCACAAAAGUCACGACCUGCUCCAAGAGGAGAUGGGCCUGGCAGUGUACAACAUGGCCUCCGUGGACUUUGAUGCCUUCUACUCCGCCUUCAUGCCCGAGUUCCUCAACGGCUGCCAGGGCGUGGAUGCCAACCAGCGGGCGGUGCUCGGCCGCAACUUUAAACUGGAGCGGGUGAGACCUAAUGGGAAUGGGUUUAUAGAGUGGGUUAUGGCCGCGGCAGUGGGAGUCUGGGUUAAGGUAGGGUAUACUGUGUUUCGUAGUAAAAGAGGUGGUGUUGGUGGUAAAAGAGGUGGUGGUGGAGUAUUAGCCCAAUGUGAUAUGGUUAUGUGCUCUUGGAAUUAUCAGAAACUCUGGACUAAGAAAUACGAGUGGAAAACUGUGGUAGCAUCGUUGUAUCUCAGAUUUUCCCGUUUGAACUGGAUGCUUACAGAAUGACAGGAUAUAAUUUUUUAAUUUCUGUUUUGAUUUCUUUGUAACCAGUGUCUCUCUCUCUCUCUCUCCCUCUCUCUCUCCUCUCUCUCUUUCCUCUCUCCCUCUCUCUCUCUCUCCUCUCUCUCUCUUUCCUCUCUCCUCUCUCCCCUCUCUCUCUCUCUCUCCUCUCUCCUUCUCUCUCCUCUCUCCUUCUCUCUCUCUCUCUCUCUCUCCUUCUCUCUCUCUCUCUAGGACUUGCCCUCCUUCACUCAGAGUGUGCACAGACUGGUAAACGACCUGCGUUAUUACAGAUUGUGUAACAGCAGCCUUCCCACUGGCACUGUCAAGCUAUAG